CGAGUGCCGACUGCGGGUCGCGUGUUUACGUAUAUACGUACGUACAUAUAACAUGUAUAUAGCCGGUAUAUAUUAUGUAUACGUAUAAUAUUAUGUAUAUACAUCGUGUGUACAUAUAAUUUUUUCGCAUUUCAUUUGGAGUCGGUGUGUUCGUCCCGUAGGUAGUCGUGUUCCGUGCCGUGCGUUCGUAGGUACCCCGCUCGAUUUGAUUUUUCUUAUUAUAUUAUUGUUAUUUUUAUUUUUUUUUUUUGUUAUUAUUUUUUUAUUUAUUAUUUAUCGUUUAUUUAUUAUUAAUUUUUUUUUUGUUUCUCGCCGACAGCAAGCCGCAGAAAUUCGAUUCAGGGCCGGUUAUUGUUUUUUUCGCGUAAUAUAUUUUUUAAUUUUAUUUUUUCACCCGUCCGGUUGGCCCGAAUUUUUUGCCGCCGCGGUCGAAUGGGGAGAACAUGACCGAUAAUUCCGACGUUUAUUAUAAUAAUAAUAAUAAUAAUAUUAUUAAUAUUAUGACGAUAACUCCAUCAGACGUCCGACCGAAAUUAUUGUUUUUCCACGGUUCUCUCUUACCUUAACGUCUCUGUCUUUUGAAUUUUUUUUUUUAUUUUUUUGGCAAAGUGUCCGAUGAUCAUUAUAAAACACGCGAAUUAAUUAUACAAUUUUUGAAUCCAAUACGCUUUACCCGCACCCUAUUUAAAAUUAAUUAUUUUCAUUAUCUCUAUUUACCUUCGGCGUGACGUGAAAUAACUUUGGGAAAAAAUAUUUGGAGGUGGUGUAAUUAUUGUAGUUGGUCGUCAAGACUCAAGGGAUACCUACUUAGCUAGCACAAAAUAUAUUACGGUAAGAUUAAGUAUAAAUGUGUUUUCUUAAUAUUUCUAUUCACCAAAAUUAUUUUUUUUUUUUUUUCAAAUUUCCUAGAUACUUCUGUAGAAUGGAUAUUUCUAUUGAAGAUUUGUAUCUCUAGUCUAUUUGAUUAUUUAAGAGAUUUUUACUUUAUUUAAGGAAUAAAAUAUUUACUAACAUUUUCGAUUAAGGAAUAAACUAAUAAUUAAUACAAAAAUUAUUUAUUUCAAUACCUAACUAUUAAAUAGAUAACCUAAUACCUAACACUAUUUGGUCUCAGACUCAAAUAAUUAAUUUUACUACUUCCUAUAGGUAAGUAGUAGUAGCCGAUUUUCAUGGGCUCCACGGGGUUUGGAACCUGCCCUCCCCCUACACUGAUACAAUUCAAUAAAAUAUUGCUUAAAAAAAAGCAUCUAUAAAUAGUUAACUUUAAAAUACAUAUGAUUUUUCAGGACCCCUCCUAGAAAAAUUGCCACUGAUAGAAUAUUUUAGUACAUUUUGAUUAUGUACCUGAUUAUUUAUUCUACUCUAAUUCAGAUAGAUACCUAUUAAAUAUCCUAAUCCGUGUGUAGAUAUAUUUUAUUAUUAAAUUAUUAGUACCUACUACAAUUACUGACAUUGGUUUUAGAAUAUACAGAUAAGUCAUACUAUACAAAAUAGUUACAACAAUUAAAAAUCGGUUAUUUUUGGCAAUGGUGAUGUACUUCAUCAUAAUAUAGAUCAAUGGAAUUCAAAAGUUAUCACUUGCCCAUCUACAUUUUGUUGAAUUACACCACCAUCAUCAUCAAAUCGUUCUAUAGCUCAGCUUAUUUGUAUGUUAUAAAAUUAAUGUUAUUAAGUAGCUUUAAUUUUUUAAGUAUUCAACUUGUAAACCUUAAAAUAAACCUAUGUAAAAUUACUUACUAAAUAUUCAGUACUGGUCACUUACAUUUAAUUAUUUCAGACAUUUUACCAAAUUUAAAUAUAUCUACUUACCUAAUAGGUAUGUGAAAUACUGAAAUAGAUGCAGAUAAACUAAUAAUAAGAUGCUAGUGCCAAAGAGGAAGAAACUUGUUGGUAUAACAUUGAUGUUAUUUUAGGAUAGAUUAACAUUUUUUCUUACACAUUUGGGUGGGUUGCUGGAAUAUAAUUAUCUAGUGUGACAAAGUUUGAUAAAAUAACCUUUCUGUAGUUGGUAAUCCCAUAAGUUAAAAACCUAUUAAAACAAAUUUUUUUAAUAAAAAUAAUAUUUAAGUGUUGUAAUUUUAAAUGCAUAAAUGGUCUGAAGAUACAAUAAAUCCUUAUUUAAACAUACAAAUUAAUUUUUAAAUAUUGUGAGCGGAUAGGUCUAAGUAUACUUUUUAUAUUAAAAACUAAAAUGCUAACAACUUAUAAGUUAGUUUUUUACAAUGUUUUUAAGUACCUAUAAUAUUUUACACGUAUUACAUACCUACAAUAUUUUAUGUUUAAGUUCAUAUUGAUGAUACAUAAUUUGCCAUUUGUAUAAGUCUUACCUAUUAUGUCUUAUAAUUAGGUUUCUUUAUGUUAUCUAUGUUUAAAAAUAAUUUUUUACCAAUUUAUUUGUAUACACAUGUACCUAUAUAAGUAACUACAUUGUUUAAACAAUACCGAGAACCGUGCCUAUACAUCAUAUAAAAAAAGUCAUCAUAAACAGUAAUAAAGUUAAAAAUUAUCUGUACAUAAUUAUUUGCUACACUUUAAAGACAGAAUCAGUAGGCAAAUUAUUCAACUUGAGAUACUGAAGUUUCAUAUUUUUUAACACCAGACUGAUAGGUUAGGGGAGUGUAUACAACAUUUAAAUAAUUUUAAUUUUACAUUUAUUUUCAUUAUUAAUGGAUAUUUAAAAAUAUUGAUUGGAAUAGGUAAUAAGUAAUUAUUUUAAUAUACAAGAGGAUACCUUCAUUCUUGUUUUCAUCAAUUUACAAUAAAAUCAAUUAAACAUUUUAUAUUGAUUGUAAUAAACAUGUCUCUUAAAAUAGUAUUGAUAUCAUUCUCACCUACCUAUUCAAAAUCAAGAAUUAAAUAUAUACAUUUUAAUAGAAAUAUGUAAAUGAUGUCAGGGAGUCAUAUAUAAUAUAGGUAAAUGAAUAUUAUUUUAUAUUUUUUUGGUUAAAAUCCAAAUUGAAUAUUCGCCAAAAACUUAAAAGUUUUCCUGAUUACAAUAGUUUCAUUAUUUCAAAAAAAAAAACAAAAACAAAAACUGUAAUUUAAAUUUUUAGGAGUCCAAUAAGUUAAUUUUUUAAAUGUCCAAAAAAAAAACCUUUUUUCUGAAUACAAUUAUAGUGUUAUUAUUUCUUUUAAGUAUCAUUGCAGAUUUACAAAACAAGUACAUAGGUACUAUAGUACAAGACAAGCAUACAUUAAUUACCUACUGAAAAUAUUAUAAAAAAAUAAUAAUUUUAUACAUACCCCAAUAAAUACCAUAAGUAAUGUAGGUAGUUAAUAUAAUUGACCAGUUGUUCAAAGUUGAUAUUAUAAGCAUAUGAUACAAUUAUAAUGCAUAAACCUUUUGCUGGUGUAAGGCAAAUGAAUAUGAUCCAAGUAGCUCCUCUUUGGUGAAAGGAUAACCUUAGAUAACAGCUGGUCAUAAGUAUUAGAUUAUUGUCAAUCCAUUGAUAGCAUCAGGAUUAGAUUAUAUGUUACCAUUAAUUAUAUUGGUUACUUAACUGUUAUUGUUUUAAUAUGUAGUUAUACUUCUCGAAUGGAGAAAUGAUUUAUUAUGUUUUAUAACAAAUCAAAAUGCCUUAUACUAUUUAAAAUGAAUAUUAAAAACGUGAAUAAAACAAAUAAUUGUUUUUGUCUAUUAAACACACAGAAUUAAAAACCAAAACCUAUAGGCAUUUGGUUAGAAUUUAAAUUUAUUUACCAAUAAAAAUAAUAAGUUAAUUACUUAAUUUGACUAAACUUCAAUUUACCUGACUCGAGAUAUAAUUUCUCUAAUUAUAGUACUAAAUGUUUAGUACCUAUAUACCUACCAAAUAAUUUCAUUUGUAAUAGAUUAUGAUAAUUAAGUAGAUGCUAUUCAAAAUAAAUAAAUACAUAAUUGAGUAGGUGGGUACCUAUUAAGGUGUCUAAAAUGUUAUCUAUUAUAGUAAAAUAUAUUUUACUGCGCUAUAACUUGUAUAACCCCUUUGAAUAAUACAGUAAAUUAAACGGUUAUCUCAUAUUACUGUGUAUGUUGUAGCUAGAUAGCAAGAAUAUUCAAUUCGUUUAGAAUGUAUAAUAAAUAACAAUAUAAAAUCAUCAAUUGGAUGUAGAAAUCGUUGGAUUAAAAUAUACUGAUAAUUGGUAUUUGUGUUCUUAAACUUAUUUCAAUACCAUUGAUUGUGCUAUUCAGUACACUUAUAAAUAUUAUAAAAUUUAGUGUCUUGAAUAAUAAACAGUUCCUAGGUACCUAUAACUUUCUAAUUGUGUUAUUUGUGUUACAAAGAAAGUUCAUUCAUGAACCAUAUUACUAUCUAUUAAUAGUUGGUGUUUAGAAUUAAUUAUUUUUUUGUUUUUUAUUAUUAUUAUAAAAGGUAUUUUUAAAAAUAAUAUUAUACUUCUAAGUGUAUUGCUUAGGUAUUACAUAUAUUAUCACAUAAAUGAUGUUUAUUACUUUACUUAUAAAUAAGUUUCUAUAUUCUCGGGUAUAUUCUGUUUUUUUUUUUAGUGUUCUGGUUAAUGAAAAGCCCAACCCAUGAUUUUUUUUUCUAGAAAUCUCUAUUUAUUUAUCUGAAACACAUACAAGAAUCAUAGCUCAAUAUAUUUCAGCUUCAAAUAACUUAUUAACUUGACAGUAAUAAUAUAUAAACAUGUUUGUUUCCACUAAAGUACAUAUACAUAAUAUCUAAUAUACAAAAUAUACAAUUACAAUAUGUAAUUUUUUAAUAUACAUUAUAAAACAAAACUAUUACCACAGUUAAAUAAGAAUUAGCCAAUUAAAAGACUUUUACCCUUCUUUUACCAAUUUACUUUAAUGUUAUAAUUUAUUAAAUAAUAAAACUAAAAUUUUGAACAAAUAAGAAUUUUAAUAAUUAUGAACUCAAGUUAAUAAACAUCUUUCACUCAUAAUGGGAAUAACGUCAUGCUUCUUAAAAAAUUAAUCAUUUUUUACUAGAUAAUAGUUUUAGUAAAAUCUGGAUAAAGAAUAAAAUAUACACUUGAAUGGCAUAUGAAAGUUCUUGAGUUAUUGAAUAUAUCUAUUAUUAUGAUACCCACCCGGAUACCCAUUACUUUUCAAUAUUAUUGUAUUUGUGUUAAGCGGUUUUAAAUCUUAGUAUUCAGUGACAGGUGACUGGUAGGAUUGUGGAAACAUUAUAUAGAGUCAUAAAACAGUAUUACAAGCCACUUCUUCAAAUCCAUCAGCGGCGAAAGGUAAAAGGCGAAACCCUCGUAUGACUGUUAAACACAGUUGUUUACUUGUUUAGUAUGUAGGCUUCUAACUAUGUGCAAAAUAAUUUCAAUAAUUUACCAUCAUUCGUAUCGCUUGGUGUUUAUUAUAUAUUAGUAUAUUAGAAAUUUAAAUACCAAGGUGUAUAGAUUCACAAACCUAGUUUUUAUUUCACUUAAAUGUAUAUAGAUAUUUUAUAAAAGUGGAGUAAGGUGUUAAAUAAAAAUAAAAAUGACAAUCUUUAUUUUUUUUUUAUUUUUCUGAAAAAGAUAAUUUUAUCUAAUACAAUACUAGAGAGUUGUAUGAGUUGUAAAUUAUAAAGCAUUCUUGUUGUAAAUUAGAAUUUAACUGUUGAAGGAUAUCUCUUAUCUGAUGAAUUGUCUUUCAUUGCUCUAAUCAAAACAAAAAAUCUAAACAAAACUUUAUAUAACUAAUAAUAAUAUUAUAAAUAAAUCAUUAGAUAUUCUGUUUUGUAGUUUUAUAAUAGGUUACUUAUGUAUUUUAGUGUCAUUAAAAAAGUUAUGUAGAUUAAAAAUUUGAAUUCAUUAUGGAGACAGUUAGUUGUUUUUAUUUUUUUUGUUCAAUAAGUACCUAAUUGACCACAUGUAUGUAACAUUUAUAAAAUUAACAGUUUAAAUCAAUUGAAAUUCACUUUUUAAAUGCAUGAGUUAUUAUUUUACAUAAUAGGUACUCAAAAUAUAAAACUAAAUAUUUAUAUAAUAUAGGUACUUUUAAUGAAAACAAUAAGUAACAAAAAAUUCAAAGUAAAAUCUAUAAGGAUAUUUACUAGUCACACUAUUAUAAAUUAUAAUAUUGUAUGAUCUAUUGCAAUAUUUUUGAAUUCUUAUCGGUAUCAGCUUUAUCGUGUUAAACUUUUUAUGUGUUUUAUUUAAAGAUUUAUAUAUAUAUAUUAUAAUUGUAAUAUAUAUUUGAUGAUAUGAAUACGAUCAAAUUACAUAAUUUAUUUUUUAAAUAAAACAUUGAGUAUUAUAGACGAAAAUUGGGUAGAAUGAGGAGAUGGAGGAUUUACCAAAAUUAAUUUAACAAAUUUCCACAGUGUGAGAAUUAUUAGCUUCUAAUUAACCUCUUCUAAAUUCCAAUUAAUUUUUUUCCAUGUUUAAUACAGUUGUGUAAUAACGGGGGAGAAAGGAGUAUCCAAUUGCUUAAUCUUCUUUAACCUUUUUAUAUAUAUGUAUAUAUGUAUAAUUUUUGUUAUCCUCAUUACGAUCUUAGAUAAUAUAUAUUCAAAGACAAUUGCUAAACUCGAAUAAAUAAUUUCACAAUAUAUUGGCAUUUUAUAAAAGUGCAUUGGUAGAUCCAGAGGAUGUUAUGAAUGAAUUAGCGCUAAACCAAGAAAAGUUUAUCUAUUAUUAUGAUAAUUUUGCACGAAAUAAAGUGAUAUUUACUUAAAAAAAUAAAUAUUUUAUACAUGUAUUUUUAUGAAAAAAUAUUGAUCCCCUAUGACCUAGCCUUAAUUACAGCGCUGAUGGUUUAGUAGUUAUAUACUUUAGUUUUUUAUUUGUGAAAAAAAAAAUAGUCGUAUAAUUGUUACUUCCAUUAUUUAAAAUUCAGAACAGAGACAGAUAAUUAGAUAUUUUCAUUGGUAAACGAAAUAGGUACCUAUUUUAAAGUCGUAAAAUGAUUUCGAUUUAAAAAUGAAGAUCUAGUUAAAUUCUAAUAUGCGAAUGCCGCGUGCCAGUACAACAAAAUUGUGUUUGACAUUAGGCGAUGAUUACAUAAAUAAAUUGUAAUUACACUUUAAGAAACGAUACUGAAAUUAUUACAUAUAUUAAUUGUUUGAGAAAAUAAAUAAUAUACUAUAUAUUAUGUAUUUUUACGCAUAUUAUAUGUUUGUCAUUUUACUGAUUAUAUUGUAGUAUGUAUUGGUUUCACAAUGGUUUUAUUUUUUUUUUUCUUAUAUGUGAACCGCUUUCCUACUAGAAAUCUUGUUCCGAUUCUAAAGUGUAAUAUAUUUUAUAAAACGAAAUUUUACCCCCCUUAAGGGAGAUUAUUUUUUGAUUUUCUAAGCUGUUUUCAUAAUAAUUUGAACAAUUUACGUACAUGUAUAAAAAUAACGUGGCUCCGAAUCGUUUUUCGUUAACAAUGGUCUAUCGCUGCGUACUGAUAUACAUCAAAUUUCCCUCUGUAUCCUACCUUCCCAACUUCUCACCUACAAUAUUGGCCCACCCAUCGUGCGAGUAUGUCUGUCUUUUUUUUCAUUUUUAAUUUAUAUUACUAGGUCACUAAUUAAUAAAUUAAGAGCAAUAUUGUUGUGCAUGCUCUGCAUUCGAAUUAUAUUACUGUGAUGAAUAUUUUUCAAAUAAUUUAGCUAAUUAAAAAAAAAAAAAAAAACAAUUAAUUAUAUACAACAUUAAAUUUAAAAAAAAUACUGUAAAAUAAAAUAUAUAAUACAAUUAUAUGAUAUUAAAUUAAAAAGAGAAUUGCAUAUAACGUAUAAAAAUGUAAUAGUACAUUCAGAAGCAUAUACAUACAUAGUGAAAAUUUGGGCGGCUGAUUCCUCAAAUCAUUAACUCUUUUUAUUUGUACAAAAUCUACACAAUUUUGUUUAUAUAUAUUUUUAAAGCUUCACACAAGAACAUUUUUUGUUGUGAUCUUUCUCCCCUCCCUUCUCUUACAAAAGUUAUGUGUAUGUGGUAUGCUACUGGUAUACCAUACUGGGAAGUAUUUAAAUUUAAUGCAAUAACUUGCCAAUUAAUGACUACGUGAAUUUGUUAGGUAUCUAAUAAAUAGGGUAAUAAACUAUUGGAAAACAUUUAUAAUUAUAAUUGUAUUGUAUUAUUCGUUUACGAAAUCAAUUAAAACUAAAUAUUCUAUUAAGUACAAUAGUGUACAACCUCGUAUACAAGAUACUACCAAUUUAUAUGUAUAAUAUAUAAUUUAAUUUCGAAUAUUAUUUAAAUCGAACGAAUGUUAUUUUUUUUAUUAUACUAAAUUUAAAAUACACAUUUAUACAUUUUGCUUCAUAUAAUUUGUACGAUAAUAUUAAAUGCUAUCCUCCUACUGACUGCUGCAACAGUAUAUCCUAAAACAUUUCUACUUCGCUCCCCGAGGCUUUUAUAUAUUCGCCACAUUUUUACUAUGUAUAUAGGGUGUGAAAUGAGCAUUGUGUACACGUAUCAUUAUAUAUACGUUGUUUUUUUAACGAGUUAUUUAUUUUAAAAAAAUGUAAAAAUAUAUUUUAAACCCUCGAGACUACGCGUUGUAUAUAGUCGUUUGCAGUAGUACAUUUGAGUAGUUAUGAAUUCUUCACGAAGAGGGGGAUAGGAAAUAUUGAAUGCGUAUGUUAUACGUACACGUAUAUAAAAAUAAAAAAUAACAUAAUUUUUUAACAUAGAAAAUUAAAUUCUGUGGAUGGAUUUAUCAUUCCAGUCCUCUUUCAUUCACACUACCUAUACAUUUUAUAUUGUAGGUACUCAAAUGUGUAUUAUCAAACCUGCAUGGGAUUUAGAUACAUACAAAUAUUAUAUAGGUAUAAUAUUUACUGUAAAAUAAAAAACUGUUUAUCUCGUAUCUAUAUGUACACCUUUGUUACAUAUUAUUAAAAUAUAGGUACUGUGUCAAGUGGCUACAGUGUGUCGUGUCUGUUUUCGAUAGAAUAAUAAUUACAAAUGUAAUCAUCAUAACUAGUUAUCUCGGAUGAAAUGCUUAGUUUUAAACGUUUUGUAAUUACCUAUACUUACUGUUUGUAGUUAUGUAAUAAAGUGAAAGCUUAUUUGAUAAUUUUAGACAAUAAUAUUAUAUACGACACAUAAUAUAUUAAUUAGCAUUUUUAUUAAUUUGAUUUUAUAAUAGAACAACGAUUUGUGAAGUUAUUAAGUAACUUAUAUUUUUGUUUCAAAAUAAAAAAUCAAUAAAAUGUAGUUGUAAUGAAAUAUCGAUGUGGAUUGAACCAUAGGUAGAUUUUCGUUAACAAAUUCAUGGGUGAUUAAAAAAAAGAUGAAUUCCACAAGCAAAAAAAAGUUAUUUGAUUUGGUUUACGAAAAAAAGUCCCUCCCUAAUUGUACCUUGUACACUGUUGGCAGUAUGGCAUAAUGACAAAUUCACAAUAAAUUCUGCAAUUGGAAAUUUGAACAAGAAUAACUUAAGCUUGUCCAUUCACAUCAUCAUUACACUAAAAUAAUAGUUGUUGAUAACUGAUAAGUGUCUUAGAAUUAGAAUUUUUUUAAUAACUCACCUAUGUUCUAUUUAUAUAAUGUAUAAAUAAAACUUGAAUAUCAUCAUAGGUAAUUUACUAGGAUAAAGAAUUUAAUGUUUAGGAAUAAGUUACAAAAAAAAGUAAUUUUGAUGUUUUAGUUAGUUUUGUUAUAGGUACAACGGUUUUUUUUUUUUUAAACCCAUAUAAAACCACUACAAAUAUUCCAUAAAAAAAACUCAAGGUGAUUUUGUUUUCUUUUGGAUAAAAAUCAAAUUUCGUUUAUUGUUGAUGUUAAAUUUUUAUAGAUUUUUUGUUCACAUUUAUUUUGUUUGUUACAAAAAAUUGCUACCCUUGGAAAUGUCAUUCUGGGCUAUGCCUUCAAAAUUCAAAAAGUUAUAAAACUUUAUAGGUACCGAUACCUAGUAAAAUAUUAUAGAUUUUGCGUUUCAUGAAUAUAUUUAUACGGCUAGAAAAACAAGUAAAACUACUUAAUUGAAUAUUAUCAUAUUUCUUCUGGUUUCUCUUAGACAAAUUUAACAUUAAAGAAUAUAAUAUUAUUAUUGGUAAAUUUUGUUAAAAUUCUCGCGAUAGGUACCGUUAUAGUUUUUCGAUAAAUUUAAAAUUAAAUGAGGUGCUAGUUAGAAAAAAUAUACAAGUUUUCAAUUUGAAAAACAAGAACGUGGGAUAAAUGCCUUGUGUGUAUAGUUUUAUAAAACUAAUAAAAAUAUUAUUAAUAAAUAUUAUCUGUAUUAUAGGGUGUACUCACUGUGCGAAUAGUGUAGACAACUGUUUAUUUUGAAAUAUUUUGUACAUUUCAGGCACUAGCCGUGUAAACAAAACAUAAAUAGUUAUUAUUUUCAAAGUAGAUGGUAUAUCCGUAUAAUAGAAUGUAGUUAAAUUCCAGUUCGUGUCCUAAUAAACAAAUUGUGUUUAACUGUUAUAGUGUUUUCAUUAACAUUGGCAUUGCACUAUGUUAUAUAAUUCUAGUAGAACAACACUGCAGAUUUACAAUUUCUUUGCCCCCGUGGUUCAUCUAUUCAAUUCAUUGUUCAAUAUUGAUUAACUUUAAUUUUAGUGUUUUUAACUAUACAUAGUUAAUUAUCGUCGUCGACAUUCUUCGUCGAUAGUCGAUUUUUUUACUAUUUAAAAUGUCUAUUAUUGCGUCCGAUUGUAUACAAUUAAAAAAAAAAAACUCGUGUGCCUAUAUGAAAAUCUAUACGUUGUCGUUUUAUUAACAACGAUGAUAUUGCUGUAACCAAAGAUGCGGUAUGGGUGCCUAUAAUAUGCAGUUGUGUGGGUUUGGACAAUAUUAGACUAUAAGCAGCUGUAGCGGUAGUGAUAAUAGAACCAAAAGUUGUUUUGUUCGUUAUGGUUUUUUAUUUUAUUUUUAAUGUCAAUGACCUAUUCGUAAAAAAAAACCCACUACGCUUUUACGAGACUAUAUAGCGCUGUAUAAUAGCGACCUCUAAGUUUAAUGAGCAGCUAAGAAGGAUAUUCGCAUGUAUGCGCCGCGGUAAUCCACUUUGGUUAAUAACUCAUAACCAUCCCCUGCAAUUGGUCAAUGUUUUAAUGUUCGAACCUUAAGUAAUAAUCGGAAGAGGUACCUGUAUAUUAUAAUGGUAUGGUAAUUUUUUAUAUUAUAAUGUAUAUAUAUUAGCAACAAUUUUUUUUUUUUUUUUAAAAGUGAGUAUAGAAUGUGGUGUUUUUCUGUAACGUGUGCUAUUUUUUAAAUUUUAAGCGGAAUGAGAUAUACAUUAGGUUUCCUAUGAUGUGUGUAACAAUGAUAAAAGAUUUUGAAACGUUUUAGAUCAAGGUAUAGUGCAUUAAGAAAUUUUUUUUUUUUCCUAGAAGUUUUCAUAAUAAUUACGAAAUUCUAAUCAGUUAGAAUGUCGUUUUUGAUUUUCUUAGCAGUUUUUUUUUUAUAGUAGUUGGGAAAAUCCAGAAAAAAUGGUAAAUAAAAAACGAGUAAUACAAAUAAACAUAUAAACAAUAAUUUUCGAUAUUAUUUUUUUUGUUUUUACUUGGUUUUAUUUGGAAAAAAUUGUUUGGCCCUAAGAGAACAGCUAAACAAAAUUGAACAUUAGGUUCAUUAUAAGUUGUUAUUGUAUUUCGUAGUGAAAAAAAAAGAUGCCUUAAUGUAGCAAUUUUUAUUUUAAGAUUUUUAAAUUCAAAUGUUGGCGUAAAAUUCGUAAAUAUUAAGAAUAUACAUUUUCGAACCUUGCCUUAAGUCAUUUUUCAUCAGAAAUGGUUUAUCAUUACAAAAAGAUAUAAAUUAAAUAACUAUAUGUAUUCUACCUUUCCAACUUCUCACUUAUAACUUACAGUGGCACAUUCAUCAGCAGUAUUAGCUCUUUUUUUUUAUACUGUUAAAAUUAGUUUUUAAGACUAGACAUUUUGACAUCGUGAUGCCUCUAGCUACGCCACUAUAGUGGCGUAUAUUAUAUUAUGUAUAAUGACAAAUUUCUGUAUCAUUUAUAUUAAUAUUUUAUAUUUUAUUUAUAUUAAUAUCAUUUUCCCGACAAAAUAUCGGUAUUAAUAAAAGUAAAUAUAACGAACUUUUUCUCACAUUUUUAAGUGAUAAAAAGAAAAGUGUAUAAUACCGACAACAAUGUCGGUAUAAGAGUAUUCAUAUAAUGAAGGAAUAAAAAUAUAAAAGAACAGCCUGGUACUGUAUUCUUUAGGCGUUAUAAUACUAUAUAAUAAUGAUUGGGUAGGUACAUUUUUUAUCACAUAAUGAAAUCAAGUAAAUCUUAUUAAAACGGGAAAUUCUUUAUCUUAUUUUUCGGUAGAUUUAUAAAAGACAAACCGUCGCCUAUUCAUAUAGGCUACGGUUUUUCAGGUAAUUCAUUUUUGAGCCAUUCAUAUAUACGAUGACGUAGUGAAUUAUUAUUGUUAUAAUAUUACUAUAGGCAUCUUAUGAUUUAAGGAAUAAUUAUCGACCCUAUUUUUGACGAAUCGUUCAAAAAAUACUUAAUUUAAAAAAAUUACGGGAAUAAAGCUCAUAGAAAAUCCCCACAAGAAAAAAUUUAUAUGUCAUAGCAUUAUAUUAUAAGUCAUUAUUUGAAUUUAAUUUGACAAAUUACCAAUGAAAUCAUAAUUUAUUUUUUUUCAAAUGCAAAUUAAAUACAUCUAUUACACUAAUGACGAGGUAUUGACUAUACAACGAUUUUUAACUAACAACUUCUAGAUAAAUUAAUAAGUAAUAAUUAAUUAAUAAACUGCAAACGAUACAUAAAUUGAGUAAACUGUACUUUGCCCGAACAAGUAUAAAUAACUACAUUUGUAUCAAUAGUUAGGUUAGGUUAUAUUAAUGUAAUUUAUUGAAAAGUAUAUCGUAUACCCAUUCAAAUAGGUAUUCAAGUAUUUAAAAAUAAAUAAGUUAUGUUUGGAAUGUACACUGGAUUGUUGGAGUGGUACUGUACUUCUAAGAUUUAACAUUUGUUUGGCAAUUGUAUGUCAAUCUCGUGGACUUUAUUUUCGUAGGCUAGGUUAGGUUAGGUUAGGCUACUUUGCCGGGGUGUGUUUAUUUUUUAGGAUUUUUUUCCUUGGUCAUUUUUUUCCAAAUAUCAUUUUUGACACUUUAAAAACGGCACUUUAAAAGCGCAUAUAGCGAGAAAGGUAUUUCUAUCCGAAAACGGUUUUUUAAUCAUGACGUUUUCUGUAGGCUUGACAUGAUUGUUUUAAAACUGCGUAUAUUAAAUAACAACAGACCCGCCCAAACCUUCCUAUACGAUUACGUCAGUGAUGAUAAUCGUCGACAUCUUAAAUACUUAGCGAUUUUAAUACGGUUUUAAUCACCAUAUUAUUAUUAUAUAUUAGUCGUAUGUUAAUUAAUUAUUAAUUCCUAUACAUUUUCACGAUUAAAAUGGUAUGGUCUUAAAGUCUUACCAAUUUAUAUUGUAAAAUAUUUUCAACUGUAUCGAUUAGUUAUAAUUAUUUCCAUAAUAAUAAUAUGUUAAUAUAAAAAUAUUAUGAAAGUAACGUGAUUAAAAAUAUUACAAAAUAGUUAAAAAUAAUCGUCUGUUUUUCAGUAAAAAUUCAACACAAAAUUACUACUAUAUUAAUAAUAUAUUAAACCAAAAAAACUAAUUAUACUCACGUUUUAAAAAUAUCGAUAUUUACAUAUUUAAUAUAUGACUAAGAGCGGUUAAGCACAUUCAACUGAAGUAAAAUAAACUUUAUGAAUUGUCAGAAAACACAUUAUAGGUACAAAAAAACUAUCUAAUAAUUUUAUUUAAAAAAAACAAAUUUAAUACCUAAUUACAGAGGAUUUCCACCAUGUUACUAUAGUUUAUAUUUUGGGAAAUAAUUUAAAUUUAAAAAAAAAACCAUCAAAAAUUGACCGAAUUUAAUAUUUUAUACCUACGGAUUUUAAGCUUGAAAAUAUAAUUAUCAAAUGUUAAAAAUAAAGUCGUCUCGUUUAGUUACAUAAUAAGUACGUAUUUAAAUAUUAACCCGUGACCUAAAACAUUUUAAAUGUAUGCAAUGUCAAAUGUGCAGUGCUUGACAGAAGCAAUAACUGAUUCCAUUACUACCAUAGCGUCUUUUAAGACGGUAAUUAUUAUUAUCUUAGGUGUACUUGAAACAUUUUGUUGUGACAUUUUUUUAAUUUAAUUUUUUGAAAUAUUAAGCCACUACAAAUAUACAGGGUCAUAAAUCUUCUAUAAGACACUCAUUAUCUCAGUAAUUAUUAACCUUAUUCGAGUUUUUUUAUUUUUCGGACAUUUAUGAAACAGGCCGUUUCAAAACGUUACACUACCGUUAUUUUUUGGUUACCCUUAUUUUUAUCGGUGAAACUACUAAAACCACUCACUUUAGAUAUUCAAAUAGCAACGUAUACUUAUUAAAAAUUCCAUGAAUGGUUGACAUUUUAGUUAAAAUCAAUUUUAGUGUUGUAAUAUUUAAUUUCUGUUGACCUGUUAAUAAGAUAUUCCAUUUUAAGUUUGGGUGUGGAAAGAAUAGUAGAGCGCUAUUCAAAUGGUGCCACUCAAAUAUUAUGCUCCUCUACCUUCCUGUUAUAACCAAACUUAAUAGUAAAAUAUCUCGUUGGGUUGUUAUUUGAAAAUCAAAAGUGGAUAGUCGUUUCAAACACAAAAUUAAAAGCGAAAAAAAAUUGACGGUAAAGUAAUAUUUUAGAACUUCUUGUUUCUUAUUUGCCCAAAAGAGAAAAUUCCGAAAAAAAAGUGUAUACUUACCGAAAUAAUGAGUGUCUUCUCGAUCACUCUGUAUAGUACUUAUUUAGGUAUGCAAUAUUAUUCAUAUUUUUCACGUAUAUAUGACUAUACGCUUGAAAAGGUAUAAUUGGAGUAAAAAAAAAAUUAAAAAAUUAUAGAUUAAAUAAAAGUUACACAAAUUACCUAUUAUAAUAUCGGUGCUAGGCACUUCAUAUAAUAUAGUAUGCCUCUACGGGAAUACUACUUAAAACAGUAUUUUUUUUUUCAUUUUUUAUCUGUGAGGGGUAAACAGUAUUAGGUAAAAUAUGUUAUAUUCGUGACGUUUGUAUGCGGAAAUUCGGCUAAACCUCUCGUUUAUACACAAUAUGAUAGCAUUAAAAAUACGUCAAAUACCUAACAAUAAGUUUGUGUUUCUCGCCUGAACAGUUACGUGUUUCGACUGAAUUUUUAUGAACUCGCACCAUGCAGAAUGGUAGAGGCGUGCGCAUCGUUUGAGGUCAGGCGUUUUUUUACCGGCCUGUUUAUACUUGUGCACUUACGAUGCACUAUCGGUACCUAUAUGAAUAUUUUCUUGAAAACGUGACGAAAAUAAUACUGUCGCGAUCGUUUUCGAUGGUCAUUUCGAAUUUCGUCCCGUGCAGUCCAUACGGUUAUCAGCAGUAUUGUGAAGUUAAUAUUAUAUAGUAUACGUGAUGACUAUACAUAAGAAAAAAUAUCAAAAUAUAUAGUUAUUGUCAUCCAUGCGAUUACCUAUAUGGCUAAAUAUUGUACGUAGGCAUUGUGGUUUGCCUGCAUUAAUCGAUCACGCGCAGCGGUAGAACCUAUCGCCGUAUAGUUUUCCUGAAAAUCACACUUCUUUAAUGUUAUACUUAUACAGGGUGUCCUUCAGUAAGUGUUAUCCUUUAUGUUAAUAAUUCUUUCAAUAUUCACUUUUCAAUCGGGUUUUGUGCAAGGGGGACACAUAUUAUGUAAAGAAAAAUAAAAUUAAAUACAUAUUCAUCCUUUAUUAACUAUUGAAAAAAAAAAAUUAUUUUACCACUUCAAAAUGUUCAAAAUAGCCAUUUUGUAAAAGAUAUUAUUCUAAAAAUUUAAACGCAUCAUACAUGCAUACCCGGUUAAUAGUUUCUUAGUAAUACCUGUUUUAGUUUCUAGAAAAUUGGCGUGAAUAAACUAUAAUUUUCAAUAGAAUAACACAUUACGCGAUAAGGAAUCACAAUCAGCACGGUAAUUCCUCAUCUUCUAUUGAUCGUUGAUCGUUUUCACGUCUAUUUUCUAUGCAUUGAAACCACUAUAACUAAGACAUUAUCGCUUGGCUAUUGGCAGUGUUAUUACUUUAUUAGCAUAAGGAUAACACUCUAGGACACCCUGUAUUACAGCUGUGAAGGUUGCGACUUUACACGCUCGAUUCGACAUUCGCUCCCCGUUUCGGUGUGCUUCCUGCACCCGGUCCAGAGCGAAAUACUAUAUUAUUACGGUUUUCUGGUGCAGAAUUAUUGUAACGAUAUUAUUAUGACUUAUUGCAGCAGUGCUAUCUACACGGCUAAAUUUGGGUCAUAGGUAUCCGCACUGCGCGUAUCUUGCUGACAUGGUUUUUGUUUUUAAUUUAGUGUCAGUCGUUGGGCACGAGCCACCGGACACAAUAUUAUAAUAAUGUCGCGGUGUGGUCUUCUGUUGUACAAUAGCGAUUUGUGUGUAUGUGCUAUAUGUAUACGCCUAUACAGAACGAUUAUUCGUUAUUACAAUACAUUGUAACGUAACGAAUUAAUGGUUAUUAUUUUUUUUUUUUUUUUUAUAAAAACAGAUAGUUAACGACACGUUGCUUUCUCGGAUUGAUGACGUUACAGACAGUUUUUUCGUGUAGGUACUCAUAUUUUUCCCGAAAUAUAAACGCACCUAUAUAAUACAAUAAUAAUAGUUCGCUGAAAACGUUUUAUCGUAUGCGGCGGGUUUUUGCACUUUCUUCAAAUAUCUAUUUUUAAACGUUAUUGGUAAUUUAUUAUAGACGUGCGGUACCUACGUGCUAUACACGAACUUUUCACACAACUAUCGGCCAAAAGUUGUCAAAUCGUUUUUCUGCUCCCCUACAACGGCCGCCCGGCUAAAACACAAGCUAAAAUCAAAUAUUUUACGGUUAAUAAUAUUAUAGAGUAUGUGGCGCAUUGUUUUAGCCGCGAGGCAGAACCGGGGUGCGUAUGUAGCACCCGCCUGUUGCGUAAAAAAAAUUGCAUUACAAAACGGUGUACAGUUAGAUAGAAUCCGAACGAAGGAUAUAAUUUCCAUAAUCGAGUCCCGGUUCAAUUACCUACUGAUCAUCGUUACCUAUUAUUAUAAUAUUGUGGUUGCGGAUAUGCACUACCUAAAAAAUAUAAACUCGUUUGCGCGCAUGAUGAUAGAAAUACCUAAUAAUAACAUACACCGAAGGUGUCUCGCGAUAAUUAUUAUUAUACUGUUUAAUUGCAUUUUUAAUAAAUUGCAACAGCGAGAUGACGCUUUUCAGGUAAAUACGUCUUGAUCCAAACCCGGUUUGACCGCUAUAAUAGACUGAUCCGCAUGUAUACUAAGUAGGUGCAUGUAAUACCGGUUUGCUUAUACCGGAUAGUACACAUUCUAAAGUUUUUUUUUUUUUCGUUGAUUCCGGUACCAUAAUGUAUAAAAAUACUAUUACUGAUAUAAAGAAUUUAGUAAGGUACUCAUAUGAUUAAUAUUAAUCGUUCCGCUUUCUUAUGAUGAACCGUGGUCCAUCAUUUCGACGGUUACUAAAAUAGAUAAGUGAGGUAGGUACCAUAAAACCAAGACGAGAUAAUAUUAAAACGUAAUGAAUAUGGAGUUGAAGAUGAGUCCGAAAUAACCCGUGUUCUAGCGCCAUUGGUUUAAAAAAUAUAAGAAUUGUAAAAUAUUACGUAUCAGCUUUUUUUUUUUUACCUUUUUUAGUAUAUUGUCUAGUCAUUCUAGUCUCGAAACCGUAAGUUUUCAUAAUUUUUUCUGUUUAAAUAAUACAUUUAGCGAAACGAAUUUUCACGUAAAAUUGCAAUGAACAACGUAAAGUACCCAUAUACACAUGGAAAUAUUGGUGUUGAUUUAACAAUAGUCAAGAUAUUGAAUAUAAAUAAGUUAAAUUAAGGAAUAUUUUUUUUAUAAUAAUAAAUAAUUGUAUAAUAAUAUUUAUUGGCCAUCUGUAGAAAUAUUUACAUAUAAUCACCACUUAUUGGUGAAAUUGGAGUACUAUCAAUAAAAUUAAUGAUUAAUUAAGAUAAUAUGAACCGUUGAUAGAAUAGUAAAAAUAAGAAAAUAAUAUUAGACAGAACGGUAUUAUGGGUCAACUAAGGAAUAAAACAGUUUUACUAGGUUCACUUCAUGUACAAGUGCUCUUAAAUGUUAGAGAUAUGUUUUAGCCAUAAUUUAACACACUUUUUAUAUUGUGUGUAUGAUUUACAAUUUAUGAUAUGAGACGGGGAUUUGUUUAAUAGUUUAAUAUCUAUCUGUAAAAAACAUAGGCUUGAUUUGAGCGUUUGUAUAGUAGGGAUCUCUAAAUUAGUUUCCUGUCGUGUAUUAUAGUAUGCUGGUUUUAAUUAAAUUAAAUUAAAUUUAUAUGUGAAAUAAAGUGCAUUUCUUUGAAAUUAUUUUUGUACAGAGAAAACAUUAAAUUCCUCGAAUAAUUGUAUAGAAGGAUGUGUUUUAGGUUAGUUUAAUAUUAAUUUAUUAUGCUUUUUUAAGCUCUCAGUAUCUUGUUGCAUGCAUUUGUAUUACAUAUUACGACAAUGGCAUGCUGAAUUGAAUUACUUAUAAGUUAGAGUAACACAAAUGUUUAAAAUUACUCAUAACUAAUAUUAUUUUAAAUUUACGUUAUGCUUAAAUUUAUAUCAAAUUAUCUUAUAUUAAUAAAAAAAUAUACUAAUAUGACAUUUUAAUAUUAUUAAUUUAAACAAAUUUGAACAUUAAUUCUGAGUUGCAUCAACAGUCAUGGAUGUCAUUUUGACCACCAUAAUAUAAUAUUCUAUAGAGAUUGGAUUUGAUAACUACAAUGAUGUUAAAUCAACUCCCAUUAUACUUUAAAACGCCGUGCGAUAAAGGGUAUAAUUUAUCGGGUGUCUAAUUUUAACGCAACUUUCCGCCGCCUUGGCCGCAUCGAAGAAUUUUCCAAGAUAUUGAUAAUCGCUGUAUAUGGAUCAUUGUUCGACGUUUGUGUGUGUGUAGUGUGUUUUUUUUUUUUUGCAUGUAACUUGUUAUUGGAAAUUUCUGUUAAUUUCUGUCUCCAAGUUCUUCGCGACAGCAGACUACAACGAUCGGUGAAAUAUUGUAAAUUUAUUUUUUUGUUAAUUUGUAUAAAUUUAUGCUAUCUAUGCGAAUAUGGAUUUGUUUCAAGACUAAGUACGUGUUGUAUCAAAUAAUUUAAAUAAAAUAUAUUAAAAUAGGUACGUGAUGUGUAAAACUGUGAAAUUAAACAGUACGUAUUUAUACUGUAUAUAAAUGUAUAUUGCAAAGUAAAUUCAUUAUUUUAUUAUAAAGUAUGGCAGCGUGUGCGAACAGACAAAUAUUGUAUUACAUAUAUAUUAAAUAUGAUAAAAUCAAUAAUAUUACGCAACAGUUAAAUACCCAUUUAAACGAUCAUACAUUAACAAUGUAGGUGGUAGUCGAUAGGGAUUAGAUAACAGCUGCUAGCGAGUUCGAUCCCCGCCGGGAUCGAUUUGAAAUUUGCGGGAUACCGUACCUUUUUUUUUACUUAAACGAUUUUUUUUCAACAUUCCAUUUAGUAGUUUUAACAUCUAACUGAAUGUAGAAUCAACACCAGAUUUCUGAGUGUGUAUUCACCCACAAUAUAAUUUGUUCCAAAUAAGGUUUUGGUUAUUUUAACUCAAAAUUGAAACUGAGAUAACUACUAAUUAUGUAUUUAAAAUAAAUAUAACGAUCAGCAUUUAGUUUUUGUUAAAUUAACAACAAAUUAGGAAUGGCUGGAAAACGACGUGCAGUUGUGCGUACCAUUGACACUUUCGAUAGUUGAAUCGACUACAUUAUUCUAUUAGUGUAUGAUAUUACUUUAUUCCUGUACGUAUAAUUCGGUUUCGUUAUUCCGACAGUUUUUGAAACACCGAAAGUUAUCGGUAAAACACGAUCGCGUAACCGCGGUAAGUUGAUUAUCUUCCGACGGUUUUUUUUUUUUGUUUCAUAUUAUUAUCACGCGAGAAGGAAAACCGAUUAAUACAAGGCACUAUAUAGUUUUGGACGCUAAUGGACAAAUCCUACGUAAACAUGCCGUCGUAAUUAAAUUCCGGUACCUAUGUGGUGAUUACACAAAACGAAAACAGUCUUUAAAUUAGGUAACGUAAUUUACAGUGUAUAAAAACAACGCACCUCUAUAUCUCAUCAGGGUAAACCCGUUGGCGAAAAAAGCACCGAGGGUAUUAAUCCCAUAUAGAGGUACUCAUAACAUUAAAUAAUAAUAAUAAUGGUAGGUAUAUCAUAAGUUGAAACUCCGCUGCACUGAUUCGCGUAUAAAUGAUUAAUUUACAACUCGAUCGGAAUUGAAUAUUACUACACUAUAUUUAUACGGAGGUAAAUAAUAAAGAUUGAAUCGAAUUUUAUUCGGUCCGAAAAAACAUGAUUUAACGAAAAUAUUCGGGAAAAAUUUGAUUUUACUCAUUCCGUUUCCCACUUGCAAAUUUAAUAAUUUCCGUGGAUUUUUGUGUAUUAAGUGAAGUUUUGUGUAUCGAUAAUUAAAAAACCGUUUUGUUGACCUUGUCAAGCCGUUUCGGAGAAUAAUCUAUUUUGACUCGAGUGCAGUUCAAUUAUUUUAAUGUAGCUGGUAACAGGUGCAAUUCGACUAUCCCCGUAAAUAGAUAUAGGUAUGGCAAAUGAAACUUUGCAACGAUCACGUCCUUAUUUAUGUAUAUAAUAUAUAUUGUUUUGUAGUUUUUACUAUACCUACCAAAUGACAGGGUUUUGUUGAUUAUAGUGUAUUUUAUUUGUUGAUGAUAAUAAUAAUAUCACAGGGGGAACCUUAUACUUCUUAAUCAUUAAUCACCGCGCGAAACAAUACUAUUAUACUAUUAUUAUUGUUGAAACAUUCGUAUUUUUUACCAUUACUAUUUAUUGUCAUUGGCUUAUAUUAUUAUUAUUAUUAUUAUAAUUUGUGCUAAUUAGAAUUCUAUAUAGACGGCCAAAGCCAAGACUGUAUAAUAUAAUAUUAUUGUUGUAAUUAUAAAAAUUUAAUGUAACCUUUUUUUUUAUUUUGACUUUUCACAUACCACAAAAAUACGUAAUCCGGGGGCUUGGGAGAACAUGGGUAUUAUUAGGUAUUACAUUAUAUAGGUAUCUAUAGCAAUAAUAAUAGUAGUUGACUGUGUGUCUGACGACGAAACCGCACUACUAUAAUAAUAUUGUGGUCAUUCAGUGUCGUAAUACGUUUUUAAAUAUUGUACAGUAUGUCACCUUCUCUAUGUGUGUAAUGUGUGUGCUGCAUGCAGUUGUAGUGUGCCAUCGCGUACGGCGAUUACCUAUACUGAAAUUCGUGACUUAUUAUUACAAUAUAAACGUUAUAGCCCGACAGAAAACGAUAAAAUUAAAACGAAACAAAACAAAUAACAACUAGUGUCACGUAAAUGAAUGCUCGUCUAUAUUACAUAUAAUAAUAUAUACGUCCUGGCGAAAGAACGCCGGUGUUUUAUUGGAUCGGCCCGGGUGGACGGACGCUCUCUAUCCCUUUGACCCAGACUGAGGAAUAGUAGUGUGUAGUCCCGUGACGUCAACAGACUACCCCACUUGUCCCGUUGGCAUUUUUGCUUGUUGGACGGCCAAACGUGCGCGGCCUACGUCAGCACGAUGAUAUACAGGGUGUCCCGCGGCAAUCGGAUAAAUUAAAUUCCGAUUAUUCUUCGCUGUUCGAUAUUUUAAAAUUUUUUUUUUCUCUCGUAAUCAUUACUCGAAUCUCGAGCUACGAUUCCCUCUAUCCAAUUUAUUUUUUUUUAACUAAAAAUAAAAAUAAAACAAAAGUAUACGAAAAUCUUGCCCGGAAAAUACGAUAUUUUACAAAAAAUAUACAAUUCUGGAUUCCUGGAUAUAUUACAUCGAGUUAUAUUUUCAAUAUUUCAUAUAUUUUUUUCCUACGUUAGUUACCUAUAUGUAACAUGUUAUUAUAUUAAUGUAAAUAUUAACGAAUGCGUGUUUUUUUUUUCGUUUUUUUUUUUUUUUUUACUCCAGUAAAAUCAAUAAAAUAUAUGUUCCUCCAAUCGUUUCUGUUCUCGUAUAGUACCUUUAUAACUUUCAAAUUUAAUUCGCAUUCCGUGUUUAUGAAAUCAAAUUAUAUAGCAUAACAUUUUAGGGUACGAGUUAAAAUUAUAUACGCGUUUAAAUUUGUUCGUUUUAAUUUACUUGCGUUUUAUUCUAAACGCUAUAAUUUUCGUUCCUUGUUGUACAUAGGUCUUGUAUAAAAAUUAUGAAUAUGAAAAUAAUUAUAAUAAAAAGAAAAAGCUGAUACUGCUAACUUGUGUGUCGCUGUUGGUAAUGGAAAGUUGCUUAAGUAGAAUACAUAAAGCAUUUACUUUAUAUCCGAAUGAGAUGAUAAAUCAAUGCUAUCAAUGAUAACGCAGUACUAUUCUGAGUGAAAUUCUAUUAAAUUUCUUUUAAAAUGUCGUGAUUCUUAUGAUUAUCGUUAAAAUUGAACUUAAAAACCUUUUUUUAAAAAAAAAAACUACUUCAUAACAAUGAAGUUUCUUUGGACUACAUUGGUACAAUUUAUAGUAAAUUUCGAGUAAAAUGUUCAAACAUUUCUGCACAGCAAAAACAAUUCACCUAAAUACAAUUAAAAAAAAGAUUCAAAAAUGGCAAAUACUUAUCGAUAGCAAAAAAAAAUCUAACCUAACCGUGUUUAGAUAAGAUUAUUAUUAUCUGUAUGUGAUUAUUUCAAUUUUUAUGGUUAUUUUUAAUUAAAUUACAACAAAAACAAAAAAUGCACCAAUAAGAUCCAAAAUGCUACAGAAAAGCUCUUGUCAAUUUUCGAUUGGAACAAGAUUUCCGGUAGAAAAGUUGUUCGUAUACACAGAAAGUAAAUAAAUAAGCACACAUCAUAGUAAGACUAAUGCAUUCCUCGCUUCGCACAGAAUCUGAAACAAUAUUAUAAUAUGCUAUAUUUGAUAUUUUAAGCUUAGCUGAGCAUUAUGAAUACGUUAAAAUCAUUUUCCAAAUGUAGGUCAUAUAGGUAUACCUACCUAUAUUAUACGAAAAAGAGCCCAAUGGAUUUGUAUAUAUUAUAUCGUUGAUAAUGUUGACUAUAUUAUGUUUUUUUUUAUUAUUCAACAAUACCCUAGUGGAGCUAUUGUAGAAUUGAAUAUUUUAUUUAAAAUAUAUAUAUAUAUAUAUAUAUAUAUAUAUAUUAUUUAAAAUAUAUAUAUAUAUAUAUAUAUAUUUAUAUAAAACACGAAACUUUAGACGAUAUAUUAUAUUUUUUAUGUAUAUAUUUGGUCCCAGGGAAGAAGGGUUUUUGUCAAAUGUGUAAAGUUUUCAAUGCAAGCAAAUUCAUCUUUAAAAAUAUACACAUUUGUACAACUAAGUCUAAAAAAUUAAGGAAAUUAAAUUUAAAAAAAAAAAUUGCCAACAAUUAUCUAAAAUCUUUCCUCGGGAUCAAAUAUUCAUUAGCCACGGCAUCGACAAAACGUUCGUGUCGUUUUUGUUUAUUUCGCUAUGUUAAUGUGAGAUCAAAUUAUGUUUGAAGCCUCGACUUUUAAAUUUAAUUACAACGAAGGACAUUUUAAUUAACCGUUAUAUACACGGUUGCGGUAUUACUUUCGUUAACUGUCAUUUCAUUAAAAUAUAUAUAUAUAUAUAUAUAUAUACACGAAUUCGAGUUUGUAAAUUCUAACAUCCUUUUGUAUCAAUUAAUAUACGUACUAUUAUUAUUACGAAACAUAUUCGCGUGGACGUGUAGUGUUCGGACGAAAAUUAUUCUCGAUUAUACAACUUUUUUUUUACAUUUUAGACUUUAAUCAACGAGACAAAUAUUUUUUUCCCGAUGUUUAGAUAUUUGUGUUUUUGUUUUUGUUUUUUUUUUUUUUAUUUAUAACUAACAAUACCUAAUGAUUUUUUGUCCAAGACAAAUAUAAUACCUAGUUAAGAAAAGUAAAAAUACUAUUCAAAUUUAAACCUGAGAUAAACCAACCUAUAUAUUUUGUUAGUGUUUAAUUUACAUAAAAAAAAAAAAAUAAAUACAUUUGGCAAAAAUCCGAACGAGGCCUGAGGUCAUCGUUCGUACAAUAUGAUGGUUGAGAAUUCAAAACUGAAAUUACAUCGAUAAUUAUUAUAGUAGUGACAAUUUUAUUUUGGCACUUGUUACGAUCAACAAAUAUUCUUUGUUUAUUGUUCUUCAUAUAUUUACCCUAUUUCAAUAUAUUAUUAUUUUAUUUAAUUAAUCCUUUGAUAUUAUACAAGUUAUAAUAUCUAUACCUACAUAAUAUCUAUAUACUAGCUGAUACGUAAAUUAUUAUUGUAUAAAAUAAUAUAAUAUUAUAAAUGUAUUGAUAAAUUGAAUUGUUAACCGAACAAAUUUUGUAUACACAUGCGAUGAGUAUAUAAUAAAUUAUUAUUGGAAUAAUUAACUUUUUUCUUUUGUGUCUAAUACGGGUAGACAUGCAAAAACCCUUCAAAUUCAUCAAUAUUCUAUAAAUGAAUAAAAAGUGCAUCCUGCCUUAUCGUGUAUAUUAAAAAUAUGUUCUUUAAUGUAUUGAUUCAAUAGCUUAUUCUUAAUUUAUUAUUAAGAUAGUUAGACUUUUAUAGGAAAUUUCUAUUGUGGGAGACCUUUGUAAAAGCAAAGUUUAAAUUCUAACACAGGGUGUUUUAAUUUAUUGUUGUAUUUUAGUAUUGUUUUUUUUUUAAUUCAAUAAAAAUCAAUUUUGACAGAAACCGAUUACGUUAUUAAAUUAAGGUUGAUAUUGCUUUAUUAUGAAUUGGUUUGACACUAUACUAUAAAAUUAAUAUUUACGUUUAGAAAUUAUUAUAAAAGAUUAUUACAUUGGAGUUUGAUAAAUAAAACUCUUAUUCUUUUAAUUACAAAUCCCAUUGAAAUAAAUAAAUAUAUAUAUAUAUAUAUAUAUAUAUAUAUAUAUAUAUAUAUAUAUAUAUUAACUAUGAAUAUUUGUGUAUAGUUUUAAUGAGUUUUAAAUCGGUUUUUAUAUAUAUAUAUAUAUAUAUAAGUUUCUAUGUAUAGUUUGUAAUUUAUUAUAAUAUUAAUAUUUCUGUAUUUAUUAUAGCUUAUAGUAAUUUCACCAAAAUUGAUUUUUUUUAUUAAUUUAUUUACACUUUUUUUAUACUUAUAAUUAAACUACAGUUCUAAAUACGCAAAUAGAAAAUACUUGGGUUCGGUCACCUCCAUCUUAAUUCCACUUGACCCAAUCCCCCCAAAUUUUUCUCACAUACACCCGCUUCAUCUCAUUCUAAAUUGCAUUCAACCACCUCUUUUUCGGUCUUCCUCUCCCUCUCUUUCCUCCUACGUCUAUUUUCAUCUAAUUCUUACUGCUUCUGAUUCCUAUCUUCUCAUGGCAUGACUAAACCAUCUAUUUUCUGUUAUUUUGUUCACUAUCAAAGCCACACCUAAGCUACCUCUUAUUUAUAUAUUCCUUAUCCUAUCUUCUACCAUCACUCCAUUCAUCCACCUAAGCAUUCUCAUCUCUGUUACACUCAUUUUCUGUUUCAUUUUUUUUUGUCUACCACCCGACACUGAACUAUACAACAUAGCCAGUCUCAUCAAACAUUUUUAGAACCUAACUCUAAGUUCCAUUAUAAUUCUUUUGUCACAUAAAACACCUGAUGCUUCUCGCCAUUUUAUCAGAACACACUUAAUUCUAUGUUCCAUAUCCUCAUCAAAGACACGGUUUUUUUGUACAAAAGGUACACUCCUAGGCACAAUCUUAGCUACACUUAAAACUUUUAAUCCCGCCUAUUAUGUCACCGUUUAUUAUUGAAAGCUUUCUUGCCCUGUUCCUCUAAGUUAAUGCACUGUUUUCAGGUGCAUACUGGGGCCGGCCGGGAUACCAAGAAUUUCCCGGUGGGCCCUUUUCACAUAGACCCUGAUUUAUAUAUACACGUUUUCUUAUUCCUAUUUCUUUAAAUUACCUAUUGAAGCUUUGAAAUUUAUUAAGUUGGUAGGUAAGUAGAUUGAUAUUUUAUAAAUGCUUAUGAUUUAUGUUUAUAAGUAGGUCAUAUUUAAUAAUUUCCCGGUACAAAGAUAGAACUCAGUACGCCUCUGACAGUUUUAUUUCUACUUAGCCUUAGUUCCUUUCCUUCAAAUUUUACUCUCCAUUUCUAAAGCCUAUUGUUAACUUAUUCUAGAUUUUACAUAACAAACUUCAUGCACAAAUAUAUUAUAUAAAUUUAUAAUUAAAUCAUUUUGAACAAUUUUUUUUUUGAAAUUCAUUGGUUUAAAUCAUUUAACAUGCCUUUUAUAUUAUUUAUUAUUAUGCAAACAUUUUAACGUUUUUUUUAUAAAAAAAAUAUGACAUUAUUUCCAUCUGGUUUUUAAAACAUUAACUCAAAUAUUGUAUUAUAACUAUAUAAUGAUAUUAUUUAUACUAAAAUUGCAUUUUAUAGAAAAUUUAUAAAUAUUAAUAUCAAAAACCGAAACUUAAUGUACUUUAUAGCUCACGAGUUUAAAAAAAAAACCCUAACUCUACAAUAGUAAAUAAAUAUCCCUGUAAAUAUAUAGUUCCUUUACUCCGAUCAAAAUCAAAAAUUUACGAAUACCUAUACAUAUUAUCCAUCGAAAUAUAUUCAUAAUAAAUUUCUUAUUAUAUCGAAAAUGUCCUAGAGGAUUUGGAGGUAUCUAUAUUAUUAUCCGUUAAACAUUUUUUUUUUUUAUAUAUAUAUACUCAAUUUUCCAUUCAAAUUGUAUCUGUUAUAUAUGUACACCGAACGGUAGAUAAUAUAAUAUGCAAAUAUAGAGCUAUUUAGUAGAUAGCGCUACCGUAUAAUAUCAGGUGUAACCUAUAUUUUACAUUUAUUAUACUUAUACAUAUGUGUAAACAGUGUGAUCAAUCCUCGAUAAGACACGAAAAGUAUUAACUUUUUCGGAAUUUUUUAAUAUAUAAUUUAAUUAACUAGCAACUCUAGAAAAUUACAAUAUAACUAAUGAAAUAAUAAAGUAAAAAUAAAAUUAUUAAAAUGGUUAAUAUUCGUAAAUAAAUUAUUAUCAGAGAUGAAACCACUACUCAAUCUAUAUUUUAAAAUUCUAUAAAUAGAUUAAGUUUAAGUGUAAAUGUAUUUUGGUGUUGAAAUAAUUAAUUCCUUUUUUGUAUAAUAUAAAAUAUUAGAAAAGAUUAAUAAUUUCUAAAUAAUGAACGGAAGACACUCUGUAUACCUAUAUUCGUUUUGCGCGCGAGGUUCCAAUGCUUCCCAAACGUACAAAUUUAAAUACAUAUUUCAUUCAGUUCGAUUGGUUAUUAUAUAAUAUUAUAUAUAAUAUUGAAUUUCUAUAUAGACCAAUAUAACGUAAUAAUAGAAUAAAAUAUGUUUAAAACAAGUCCUAUGACACUGUGUGUUAUUUAAUAAUUCGAAACUUAAUAUUUUACUCGGAUUCCGCGUUUUCACUUUUUUAUUGGUUUUUUCUCUUUAUAUAAUCAUCUAAAAUACAAGGUUACUUAUAUAUGUAUAUAUUUAUUUUUUAAUAUUGCCUAUGUUUGAUAAAAUAUGUAAAAAACUGAAGACAUAUAUUAUUUACCCGCUUAAAAUAAUGUAAUAUAAAUCAAAUUUAUCAUUUCAUUUCGUCAUCAAUUAUCAUCAUUCGCGGGGCGAUAAAUUACAAUUACGAUUUAACGGAGUUUUUAUUUUUUACACAAACUAAAAUACGCAUAAAUAUUGUGAUAAAGACAAGUCGUACCAUCAUAAUAUUGUAUACAAUUCAAUUAAAAGUAAUUUAAACGAGUUCAACACCCUAUGCGUAUGAUAAAAAAGAAAAAGAUGAAUAAUAUUUUGGUUGGGCAUAAUAUGUUUUGCAUAUUGUUUGAAACAUAAAGAAACAGUAAUUUAAGCUAUGUGUGCUAAAAUGGCAAUUGAAAAAGUAAAAAAUAAAUAUUGCAACAAUUUGUAAUGUGUAUAUUGUGUGAUGUAUACAAUGACUGUGCAGUAGUGUCCCGGAUAUAAUCAAUGAACUCGCUGUAGUCCCGUCUGCAGUUGAUUAUAUAUGUUUAUAUUUUUUUAGAGCAAGGUCCCCUUUUAUACCGUAUAAUACCAAUUAUAAUAUAUCAUUAGGUCGGUAUGUAAAAAUUAAAUGUAUUUUUUAUUAAUUUGACGAGUCUAAAUUAUUGUUUUGCUUUCGGUCUGUCUGGAUGUCGCCGUAGCAAUGUUUCAAGGCAUCGCCUUGUAAUAGUAAUGAAAUUCGUCGUAUUCGGACAUAAUAAACUUUACUAUUAAAUGCGCGUAUACUAUUAUUAUUGUACUUAUCUAACUAAUAUUGUAUAUAGUUCUUUUAAAUAGUUACUGCAAUCUGAAAUCGUUCAAAUACUGAUUGAAUGUGUUUUAUUGCAUCGAGUAUUAAAUCGACAAUAAAGUUCCGCUGUAUUAUAAAAGUGGUUUUCUUAUACUUGGAUUUGAAAAAAAAAACCUUAAAAGCACGUGCUGUUAUAUGUGUAAAAUUAUAGGUACAAUUUUAUUUUAUGGUAUGAACGCUGAAUACCUUUUAAAAGUUUCUCCCAUCCUCGUCCAGUCACUCUCCUAAUCGCCCAACUGCCGUUAACAAAAGAACGUUGAAUUUAAUGUAUAAAUCCAUUUCACCAGCGUAAUAUAACGAUGAAUGCAAGUUAGUUAAAUUUUUAAUCGUAAACGUAAAAUAUUUAUGUGUACUUAAUAAAUAAUAAUAAUAAUAUUAAUUUGUCGUCGUCCCGUCCGGUUAUUUCAAUAUUUUUAAUACUACAAAAGAUUAUAAUAAUAAAUUGAAACAUUACUAAUUUUUAAACUAUACGUAGUGUGAUUUUUAUUUCGAUUGAAGUAACUUAAUUUUUUUAUCAUAUCUACCUAAUGAGAAUGUUUAACAAGCUGAUAAAAAAAAAGAAUAAUAAUAAUAAUUUAAUGGUUUACUAAUCACGUGUAACCUUUGCAACUGCAUGAUUAAAUAUAUUCAUCAGUUAUCACUGUAAAAAUAUAAACCGCUCAGAUUAGAUUAAAAAAUAAUAAUAACGUAUAUGUGAUAAAUAGUAAUAAUUAGACGUAUCCCAGAUAUUUGUAUAAUAUACGUAUGAAUUGUACGAAUGCAUAUAUGUAUAGAAUAGGAUUUUAUUGUAUUGAAUUGGUUUUAGUGUUUUACUAUGAUAAGUGCUUCCUUUUUUUUUUUGCCUCAGUGAACAAUUUUACUACCAAGAUGCUUGAAAUUAGGUUCAUUCUAAGUUGUAUUUAGUGACCAAAAAAAAAAAAAAACUUGAGUGUAAUGCAGUAAUUUUCUUUUUUUAAAAUCUUAAAAAUCGCGGCAUUUCAAGAUGAGUUUAUCCGAACUUCGCCCAGAAUCGUUAUUCGAUAUAACGACGGGUUAACGUUUCGUACAGAUACGAAUUAAAUAACUAUGUAUCUUACUUUUUCAAUUUCCCGCCUAUAAACAAUGGCACACCCAUCAACACUUUCAACUCAUCUUUUUAUUAUUUUUUUUUUUUGUAUAAUUUAUUAUUUAUUUUUGUUUAUACUGAAUUUAUACGUUUUUAUUGAUUUAUUUGUUUUUAAUAUUCUCAGCAAUUUACUAUCCUUAACUCAACUAAAACCGAAGAACCUUGCGUAUUGUCGACAAACUCAAAAAUGUAAAUAAUUAUUGUACCUACCUACUUAGUAUGUUAGGUACCUAUAAUAAGUUUUAAAAAGCUAUUGUACGACCACCGUGCAUCUUUAUAUAUAAAUAGCGAAUUAAAUAUCUAAACAUUAUCAUAAUAUUUAUAAUUUGAUCUGUAAUUGAAUGUUAUAUCGAAUAAUAUUUAGAUAUUAAUGUUAUUAACUGAUACCAUAAUAAUAUUCCCGAAUUAAUCGUACAAUUGUUAUAAAAUAUAUGGAUUUAUUCGGAUUUAAAUUCCGCUAUCGAUAAUAGUUGUAAUAUUAUUAUGUGGACGCAAUAUCUAUUAAGAUUGUGUCACAAAUAUAUUAUAACGAUGCUACAGACAGACGGUUUCGGUAACUUAUUAUCUAUUUUAUUCAUUUUCGAGAGUAAGAAGACAAACCAAGUCUCAUUAAAAAUAUUAUAUAAAUAAUAAUAAACUUAGGAAAAUGUUUUUAAAGUUUUGUGUACGUCAUGGUUUUUCAUUGUUACGUGUGAAAGACCAUUGAGUAAUAUUCGACAAUUGUAUUCUACACUUAGGUAAAAAGAGAUUAGGGAAACCAAAAAUCAUAGUCCAUACACUAUGAACCUGUUAGUAUUUCCAUUUUGAUACAUUAUACAUAUGCAUUACAUUUUUCUUUAUAGUCUAAUAAACAAAUUAUGAUAUUAUAAUAUUUAAUUUACAGCGUGGUUAUUGUAUGAUAAACCAGUCAUUUUCUCAAAGGAUUUUAAGGAUUUUAAGGAUACCUAUUUUUUUUUUAUUAUUAUUAUUUUUAAUCAUUGUGGAAUCAUUUAAGUUUCAUUUUAAAAUUAUUUUUAAUUUCCUACUCCUAUUCCAUACAACUUACAAUUAAGGUUAUACUUUUGAUUUUCAAAUAGGAAUCCCCCUCUAUAAUAAACGUAUCAUUUAAAAAUAGAUACGCAAUUUAUUAUUAUUCCCUACUCCUCUAGUCGAAACUUUAAACUAUAAUUGUAUAAUUUAUACACUGUAAAUCUGAUAAUAGUGUUAUGCAUAUCAACAUUUCCAAAAAUGUAUUCUCUAUUUGAAUCUAUGAUUGGAAUGGGGCAGGGGUUGCUAUUUAAAAAUCCAAAGUGAAUAAUUAUUUCGGGUAUAAAUAGGAGGGGUAAAAAAUUGAAUUUAGUAUUAAAAUAAGGCUUAAACGAUUCCAUAAUGAUUAAAAAAAAAAACCGAAAUCAAAUUCACUUAAAAUCUCCGAGAAAAUUGCUGGUUCAUGAUAAAUGAAUCACUCUGUAUAAAGAGUAUUGGACAGCAUAAGUAACUAUAAUUUAAUGAUUCAAUAUAAUAUAAUUUAUACAAUUUUUACAAUUUAUACAAUUUAACUAGUAUUUUUGAUAACUAAACUCCUUUUUUUUCUCUGUCUGUUUUGUAACACUAUUAAUAAGCAUUUAUAAUUAUGAAAUUAAUCUAUAGUGUUUAAUUUCGUUACAUGUUUGUAAUUUAGGCUGCACUCGAAUAAAUAUAAUUACAUUUAUGUACUUUGUAAAUAAAUUAAUCUAAAAUCGCUCGUCAAUAUAGGCGAUAGAAAACUGAAAUUGAAUUAAAACUCGUUUAAUAUCAUAGGCGUUUCAAUAUUAUCGUAAAUUAUUAAUUGUAUUGUUAUUAUUGAAGUACCUACAUCAAUAUUUUAUUAUCGGUGCGCACUUAUAAAAUAUUCCAUUUCCCGACUAAAUUUUCACUUUGAAUGUGCGGUUCGUUCAUUUGAUUUAUCUAUGUAUUAUUUAUUUAUAAAAUAGUUUUAUAGUAGCUCAUUAUUAAUAAUAAUAUUAAUAUUAAUCUCAUAUUAAUCUCAUUGGUAGGUAUAGAUACCUAUGAAUCUACCUGAUUUUUCUUCUCAGAUACUUGUUUAUUUUAAUUGUGUAGUAGUUAAUUUUUUUUUUUUUAUAUACAUUUCUUAGUACACAAUUUAAUUUGAAAAAACAUUUAAGACGAUAUUUUAUGUGAUUGUUUUUGUUACAACGCUGUGCUAAACGGUUAUUUUUUAUAUUGACAGAAAAUGGGGUCAAUGUUCAGGAGCGAGGAAAUGGCCUUAUGUCAGCUUUUCAUACAACCAGAAGCCGCUUACUCAUCUGUGGCCACAAUGGGAGAAGUGGGCGUCGUACAAUUUCGAGACGUAAGUAUGCACGUCUGCACACAAAAAAGUUUGACAGAUAAACGCUUUUAAAAGUUGUAUGAAUAAUAGCGGAACUUUUUAUAUUACACACGCGGAUAGUAUAAUAAAAUUUUUUGUUUUUUUUUAUUACUCAGUUUAAAAUUUUACGUGGUUUUUAAAAAAUCUCGCAGCUAUAAGAAAAAACGGGGUAUACCUAUAUUAUACACUUCAUUAAACAUAUAUAAUGUAUAUAAACAUAUACAACAUAUACAUACUAUUGUAUUUACCUGCCUUAUAUUUUUAUCAAAACUUGAAGAGAUCGAGAGAUCUAUAAAAUCUUUAAAAUCCAAAAUUAUGCAAUUCAUAUAAUAUAUAUUAUGGUAUAUUUUUAUAAAAAAUAACCGUAGCCAUUUUCUAACAGUAAUGAUGACUGCAACGGCGGUACAUUGCACAGGUUUAUGGUACUACAUGGUUGUUAAUUUUAUUUGUUUUAAUCCAUUGACCUGGGUAAGUAUAUUGUAUUUUUUAUAUCCAUCGCCGAAUAUUUUGCAGAACGAUAGCAGAGUUCGUAUUACAUGUAUUAUUACCCUACUGCAAAAUAUUAAAAUACACAAUAAACAAUGAUAGUUUACUAAAUCAACACCUUGCAGCUGUGUUUUAUAAUGCUGGUAUUUUAAUAUAUUUUUCGCUAAUCAUUUGAAACGCAAAAAAAUAAUCAUUAAACUGAAUCUCUCGUUCAAAUUAUGAGUCUAUGCUGCUUCUUAUUAUAUAUAUAUAAAUACAUCACGCUGCUAGUUGAUGAUAUCAUUUAGGUUAGGUUAGGUGAAGUACCUUCAUAUUAUAACAAUAUUCAAAUUUAACGCAGAAAUGGUAGAUUAAAAAAAUUGAUAAAUUAUAAUAAUUAAUUUCGAUAUCGGUAUGGUAUGUAUAAUAGAUAUGAUGUAUCAAAAAUAUAGGUAUGCAAUAUAGGAAAUAUCAAAAUUACUGUAGGUAGUUAAUAUUUUGUUUUACAUACAUUUUUAAUUGAAAAUUCGUCUAACCAUAAUAUGUUAUAUUAUUAUAACUUUUUAUACAUCAAACUACAGUAACGUUACGUUUUCAAAAGUUUAUUAAUAUUAUUAUAUUGUAUAUGUAGGUAUAUUAUAUUAGUUAAAUUUUAAAUUUAGAUUUAAAUUUUAGAAUUUUAAGAUAAUUUUUACAAUUGACAAAAGUUGUAUCAUUAGGUUGUUGUUCAUCAAAACAUUUUAGGAAAAUUUGGAAAGCCUAGGCCAAUUUACUUAAAAAAAAUAACUGGUCGCGUUUCUCACUACUUAAAUUUUUUUUGUUACUUUUUUCAUUAUUUUAAAAAAAAAUAAUCACUAGCAGUCCCGCACUGUCUACUUUACAUAUUAACGUUUUAUACGAGUUUGAACUAAUAAUAAGAAAUAAAAAUGUAAAUAUAAGUUGUUGACAUUAUGCAUCAUAUAACAUAAACCAUUAUGUAUUACAUAAAUAUUUUUUUCAUUUUUAAUUCUAAAAGGUUAAGAUACUUUUAUCUUUAAAAAAAAAAAGUAUUAUUUGGCCAAUAGUUUAGAGAAGAGGAGAGCGAGGGUAAAAUAAAGGAAUAAUUUUAUUGAAGUAUGGAAAGCAUUUAUGUAUAAAAAUAAUUGCAUUCGAAAAUAAACGAUUUUGCUUUGAAUUGAAAUAUCGUUUUACCUACAUAGCUUUCAUUUUUUUUUUUUUUUUAAGUCUUCGAUUUUGUAUGAAUAUCGAGCUAAAAAAAUUGAUCUUUUUGAAUAAAACAACUACAUUAAGUCAAAUAUCUAUACAUAAUAAAUGAUGUGAUCAAAAUGGUUGAAACAUUUUUCCCGCUCCAAAAAUCGUUUACAGAAACCAAAAAUUAAAAAAAAAUGUUAAAUCGUUGUGCUCAGAAUCCAAAGAGCAACAGCGGACAUAUUUUUUAUUCGAAUUUCAUAACAAUUAAUGCAUUCAAUAAACCACCCCAAGCGCAACUCUAAUCGCGACUGUAACUCCCAAGUUAAGAACUACAGUAGUCUAAAUAUACUACUUCAUCCUCCUAUAAUUUUUCAUUAUUUUCCGAGCAUUUAACAAAAAUUCCGAAAAAUAAUCUCUAAAGUAUCUAUAUUGCCCUUGUUAAAUUACAUAUAUAAUAUUAUAGCUAUCGUAUUAUAUCUAUUACUUCAUCUAUCGUAGUUAACACUUUUUGAAUACACUUUACGCACUUGUAAAUAUUAUUAAUCGAAAAAAUGCGCAUAGCUUUGUUAAACGAACGGUUUCUUUGUACCGUCCAGAAUUUAAAAUAUAAUCAUAACAAUAUAAUAAGUCAUGAUUAUCAUAAAAAGUAUUCGUAUAUUGCAAUAAAGACCAACAACGAGUAUACUAUUCAUUUUUAUACCCCUAUGAAUUGUUAUUGUGUUUGUUUGGUUGUAAUACGUUUAUCUUUAUUUGUGUAUAACUGCGGGAAUGUGUGUAACUAAACAUAAACAUUAAAAAAUAUUGUAGAUAUAAAGAAAAUAGCACAUUCUUAUAAACGCGUAUCAGUAAUUUUAACCAAACAUUUUUAAAUUUCUACAUAAAAUAUCUACUAUAAUCGCAUCAAUCGUAUAUCGUUUUAUUGUCAUAUUAUACAUUUUAUAAUAUAGUAAUCAAUACCGUUUUUAAAAAUACUAAAUUUUCAAAUUUAUAUGGUUAUACGAAAUUUUGAAAUACAUAUUUAUAAAGAUUAUUUAUUCGUUCUAAUAGGUAGUAAUUUUUUUUUUUUGACAUAGUUUCCAAGAGUUCUCGUUGUGUUCAAUACAUAUUAUUAUCAUAGAUUUAUUAAAUUGGUUAAAGUAUAUCGUCUACAACUAUUGUUUCGCAUCUACUAGUUUUUUUUUUUACCAUUUUCACAACAGUCAUUAUUAUCAUUUACUAGAAAAUGUUUAUCCGAACGAAUGCAUAUUUAUUUUAAUAUUACAGUGCCGCAAUUAUGAAUUCUAAGGCCUGUGUACAAGGAUUUAUUUUGAGGUCCCGAAUUUAAAUUCAAAUAUUUUACUUGACUGUUAACUACAUUUAAUAAGUAUUUUUUUAACAUUAAAGCCUACGUGGAAUCGUUUAUUCUUAGAUAAGUACAGGUAUUCUUUAUAUUAUAACUAUUGUAUAGUUAAUAUACUCUUAUUAUUAGCAAUACAUUUUAUUUAAAACUUUAAAAGCAAUUGCGGAAUUACAAAAUAUAUUUGAAAAAGACAAAUUUUAGUUUUUAGAUUUCGAAUUGGAUUUUUACAUUAUUAGGGUUUGUGUACACCCAAUUGUUGUAGCAUUGAUAAUGUAGUAUCCUGCAAUAGGUAAAUAUUGAAUAUUUAUUUGUAUACAUAAUUUGAAACUAGAUAGCAAAAUGACACAGUCUUAAAGAUAAUUUGUAUAUAUUUCUAUUCGUGUAAAUAUAUUUAUAAAUCGCUUAAAAUUAAAUUUAUAAGGUGUACAAUUUAAAUUCAAUAGGUAUUCUGCAGUAUACCCGCUAUUUAGAUUUAGAUUUUUUUACUGUAAUGGAAAUAUCUGCGAUGGCAUAAAUAUAAAAUAGGUAAAAUAGGUACGAAAUAUAAUAUUUAAAAAAAUACGUAAUUGUAAUCAUUAAAUGAAAUAAAAUAUACGUCCUAAUAUUAUAUAUAUAUGGAAUUGCAUAUUAUAAUGAUAUGUAUAAUAUGAGUGUAUUGUAGGUAAACACGCAAAAACUACUAUAAAAUCCUCUUUUAAUUAAAAUAUAGGUUUAAUUUCUAUCGAUUAUAAUUUUUUUUUUUUUACUUUCAAAAGUUCAGGGAAAUUAUUAAAAUGGCGUCCGCGUGAGUAUAAAAAUAUAAGUAAUUUUGCACGUUUCGCUGUUGUAUAUUCUCCGUAUCGAUUAGAUACUCUGAUCUGUUCUAUGCAUCGAAACAAAGUUUACGUAUUCCGAAUACGUAUUUUAAUUAAUGAUGAAAUAGUAUAUAUAGAUAAAAUUAUAGUUAUAUUCAUUGUUAAUAUUUUAAAUUAAAUAACGAGAUAUUUAUUAGUUAGGUUAGGUACCUACUCGAAUAAGCUCAUUAGUCCGAAUGUAUUUAAAAGUUAUAUUUUAAUAUCUUAAUGAAGUCGCCACGGCCUACCCUCCUGUACAACCAUAAGUCAAUAUAUAUAUGUGUGUUUAUACAGGGUGUUAUUUGUAAUUUAUCAACGUUUACCAAUAUGUUUGAUAAUAUUAUAACAUAGGUAUUCUCCAUUUGAUUUUUAUUUUUUAUUUUUAAUAAUAAUUACAUUUUAUAUUUUUUUCUAUUUAAUUUAAGAUGAAUAUUGUUUUUUUUUUCAACUAGGUAUAUACUUUUACAUGAAUUUUGGUAAAAUAGUUUCUACGAACGAAAUAAAUAUGAUUUUAUUCUGGCUCGCACAUAUAGGCUGUGAACGAGGUGAUUUUAAAGUACCCUUCUUGCAAGUAGAACAAUAAGAUAAAAUUCUAUUUCCACUAUUAAAUAAAUGCAUAAGUAUCGAUAUUUCGCUUAAAAAUUUUGAAAAUAAAAUUGUCUAGUUGACGUUAUGUAUUCGAAAGUCGGUAAUAUUCAUUAUUAAUUUAUGAAAUGGAAUUAAAAAUUAUGUAAUCAUAAACUACGAGGUAAAUAUGUAUAGAAUCUUUUAGCAACAAAAUUUAAAGUUUUAAAUUUACAAAUUGUUGGCAUUUGAUACAGGCAACACAAAUUUUUAUCUUUUUUGUAUAUUAUACUAUAGAUGCUCGUAUUAUAUAAAUGGACUCAAAUGAGAAGAAAGAGGUUGCUUUGAGAUUCCAUCAAAGUGAAAGUUUUUGAUAACACCCUUCCUUGAAUAUUUUUGCGGCUACGCACCUAUUACGAAAAUUAUAAUUCUACUCAAUGUAUUAUAACUUGUUAUUUAUCGAGAAUACAUUUGAGAAUAUAGGUAACGUUGUUAAAACUACACAAUUAUAAAUAUUUAUUCUAUCAUAAUAUAUUGUAGGUGUACUUUCUAAUUUCACCCUGUAUCUCUAGUUCGACUCAAUGAAAUGCCUUAUAUGUUUGUGUUUUUUAAAAGGUCACUGUAAAGUAUUGCGUGCAUCCGAUACUAAUAUAUAUUUGACGGAUGAAUAAAUAAUGACAUUGUUAUAAUAUGUUCAACAACAAACGUACCUUACCUAUAAACCGUAUUAUUAUAUUUAAAAUUAACUUUCUUUUUCAAUUGUCCACUCUAAAUGUCACAUCAUAAACCUCUCUUGACUACCGAUAUAUAGGUAUUGUAAAUUGUUAAAUUCGACAAAAAUGAAUUAUCGGGGAACAAAUAUACAUGUUUCCCCUAUAAAUUCUUAUUAUUAGUGUAUCAUUAUAUCAUAAAAUACAUUAGAUACCUAUACCAUUAAGUAAUAAAUGUUUUCGUUAAGUAUCCAAUUUGUAUAAUCAAUUUGACAUCGUGAAAUAAACUGCUGUUCUAAAUUAUUUUUUUUUAUACAAUAUGCCUAACCUAAUAAUAUAAACGAUACUUGUCGUUUCUAAAUAUUAAAAUUACUAAUGGUGUUUGCUAUAGUUUUAAACGUUAAUGCGUUUUUAAGAACGUCUCCCUAUUGAUGUUUAUUUAUUUAUGACAUCACUUAAACCAAAUUGAUUUUUGUUUAAAUAAAAAAAUAUAUGUAAGUAUGGAAGACAUAUAUUGUAUACAAUUUAUGGGUUCUACACAACGUUAUAUCGUAAAUAUUAUACAGUGAACUAUUAUAAGAUACCCUUAUAAAUACUAAGUGCAAUGUUAACUCUUAUUUAUAAUCAUAAUAUUAGGUGACUAAUAUUAUAAUUUCAUUUCUAAUACCAAUGAAGGGAGAAUAUAACGAUAAACUGAAAUCACUGUAUCAGAAACCGAACAUUAUAUAGAAGUUAUGAGAAAUGGGUCUGGAUAAGCCAACACUCUUUGCUUUAGAUAGUACUGGAAAGGAACCUGACAGACCACUCGGAGACCGAGAAUGAGAUGGGAAGACGCAGGCAAGAAAGAUGUGAAAGAACUAUAGGAGGAUUGGAUUGGAAAGGUUAGGUAUCGAAAUACGAACAUCAUAUAACACGAGAUCUGGAUGUACGGCGAGAUGAUAAUAUAGAAACUGACUUUGCACUCCAAAGAAAAAUAACAUAUUCUCAUAAAUUAGUUGUUCAAAAUUGAACUUUUUCUUUUUUUGAGGGGAGAAGGAAAGGAUUAUAUCCAUUGACAAUUUGUUUUAUUAUAGAAUAUAUAUAAAACUAAUUUUAUUAUUCGUAAACCUGGUGAAUUUGCUUAGCAACAUUUCAUUAAAUUUGAAAAUAAUUGAUCAAUAAUAUAUACAUUUUAAAUCUUAAAAAUUCACAUUCAUUAUUGAUUAUUAUCGACAUGUUUAAAAUAUAUAUUUUUUUUAAUUUUCGAAUAGGCCAAUACGUCAAUGGGACAUUGAAAAAUGACCAGAAUAAUAUUUACGAUAUUUGUUAUAACUAGAACUAGAUAAAUGCUUGAUGCGUUUUGUAAACCUCUGCUCGCUAAAUAUUUGGUUACGAACAUGUGCAAUUCAAAAAUAAUGACUAAUUGUGUACCCACACUAAAUUUAAAACUAUAUAGUCGGCCUUGGAUCGUUUUUCUAAUAAGAUAGGUUAGGUAGGUCGUUGGUAUAUUAUUAUAGUUUAAUUAUUGUCUUCAAUGUGUUUAACAAUAUUAUAAUUUUAAAUAUUAUUAUAGUAUAACUAUAUUUCGAGUAGAAUAUUAUUACGGAGGAAACUAGACGAUCGAGCGUCCAAUAAUAUUUCUAACCGCUGCCUAACCUGUCCCCGUGAGACCCAUUCGCGAAACAGUUUCUUGCCCAACACGCGAACACUGUCCGUUUUUUAAUUAAUCAUUACCUAAUGACUCGCGGUUAGAUCGUGACCCACUAAUAUAAUACUUCGUGUAAUACUUAAUACAUUGCCUAUGCAUAUAUUAAUCAAAAUCAAAAUGUAAUCUCCGAUGUCAUAUAUUAUUAUAUUAUAAUAUACAUCACAAUAAUUUACCAUCAGACGGUUAUCUAAAUUUGACAUUUUUCAAAUAGUCAUUUGGUCUAUUUUUCUUGAUCAUAAUAUUGUUCAGAGGUUUAACUUGGUCAACAUGGUAAACUAAAAUAAACUUGUAACGGCAAAAAUCUAAUUUUUAAAUCGUAACAGAAAUGAAUAAUGAUUUACCAUCUGUUCAUAAUUGAUAAAACCCUAGCCUGGGAUAAUAAUAUUAACUUCUACUGCCUCGUACCAUUUCUUCGAUAACCAGUAUACUGGUAAUAACCUAAAUAUAAAACAAAGAUUAAGCAAUACUGUAGUAAAUUUAACAAGUCAUGUUAAUUUAACAAACGUUAGUUUAUUAUUAUAUAUGAAUAUUUAAAGGUACAAAAAAUAAUUCACCAACAGAUAACUACAAGUUUGAUGCAACCGGGCAUAGGUCUUUAUUUUAUAACAAUAAUUAAACUUCGAUAUUAUUUUUUAUAUUAAAACGAUUGUAUACGUUGUGUUUGUUAUUAUAUAAACUAUACACUCAGGUCAGUAGGUCUGCGGACUCGGGGAAGAGAGGGAUUGCUUCAACAAAAAUAACCAAAUAAAUUACCAACUCGAUUCCCAAAACAACUAAAACACAUAUCGAGUUUUUAAUAUUAUAUUUUUUAGAAUUCGAAAUUAUUAUCGAAGUAAAUAAGAUCAUUCUAAGACCGCUUUUUAUUAUUUUACUGAACAGUUUUAUUUAUUUAUCCGCUUAAUUUCAUUAAAAACACGUAAUACACAAAGUGUCUAAAAGGUACCUAUUAUUAUAAAAAUUGUGUUAACGUGUAUUUAGGUGUCAUUGUUGUCUCGAGUAGACGUUUAUUUCGAUAUAAUCUUAAAACUAUUAAAAAUUAUUAACACUAACAUUCUUCGCACAAUCGAACACGUUUUUUUCCCCUUGAAAGACAAUAUUGUUCGAUUCCAUUAUAUUUUUACGGCUAAUCGGUAUGGGUACCUAUUGUAUUUCAAUUUUUUUUUUUUUUAUCUGGACACUAUAAUAUUAUUGCGUUCGUUGAAAACCGUCAUUCCAAGUGGAAGCUUAGCCCUUUAUUUACACCGUUUAUUGUUAAUUUUUCGGAAAACCUUUUCAAGUACCACUGUUACAGUGAUAAUAAUUAACUUAUCUUCGAAAUUUUUUAAGCGAGUGUUUAUAUUGUCGCUCCAAAAAAAAAGUGAAAUAAAACAAUAUACCUACGAAAUGCACUCAAAUCAAUAAAACAGUUCGGAAUCUCUUAAAUAAGUAUAGGUAUGCAACUCAUCACGUUGUAAAACUUAUAAAAAUUCGCUUUUUAUUGUUUUGAAUCACGUGAACGUUAAACCUAGUCGUAUAAAAAUUAUUAUUAUAACAAUACACUCGCUUCCAUUUCUUAUAAAAGAAAAUUUAACGACAGUUAUCAUUUGUCGGAGAUCGUAAUAAUAUAUAUAUGUAUAUAUAUAUAAGACAAGCUCCUAUUUCGUAUUUAUUUUACAUAUUAUUUCAAUUCUAUAUUUGUAUAAUAAAAACUAAUGAACACAAAAUUAUGUCGGUGUAAAAGUUUAUAUUUUCUAAAGUCUGUACGUUUAGAGAAACGGAGACAUGUUUACUAUUAUAUUUAGAUUUAAUUUUGUUUUAUUGCCUAGGCCUACAAUAUCGUCGGCGUAGGUAUUUACUUAAUAUUAUUUUGAAAUAAUUAUAAGGUUAAAUUUCCGAUCUACGUAAACAAGUGGGCGUUGUUAAUAUAAAAAUAAUUUUCUAAACCGGCAUAUACUUCGCAUCGUGAUGGGUGGCCCGUGAGUAACAGUUGGGAAGUGGGCAAGAUGUAAACGUGCCCCCUGGGAAAAUAUUGAAUAUAAUCAAACUGCUUCGUUGUGUUAUAAAGCUGUAAAAAGUGAUAUAAUUUUCAAAAAAAUUAAACAACAUUUAUGAAACCUAUUAAAUUAAUUUAAACGCAAUAAAAUUUCUGACCCCGAUUUCUCAUGACGUUAAAUUGUAUUAUUUAUAACGAUACAAAUUUAAAUUCUAUGACGUGUCAGUGUGCCCUCAGAUUCAAAUUCGCUCCCAAUUUCAGUCGUACGCCCGCAUUACUGCCAAUUAUAUUUGUUGUGCUCCGACCAUCGCUGUACGAUUGUCCGUUAGUAAUUUAUAUUCCAAAUUCUUCGGCAAAAGCUAUUGUAAAUUCGUUAAUAAUACAAAUCCAAAACUUCCGUCGCAACCGCAAACUCUAAUAAAUGUUUUUUUCCUCUAUUACCACCUCGUAAUGUCAACAUUUUCAUUUGAAUAUCUAACGUUUAUUUUAUAAUAUUUAGGGUCUUUAAAGAUCUUCGCAUUGUUUACUUUAUUAUUAUUUGUGUUGUUAAUCUCGUAAUUUAUUUUAUUUUGUAUUAAUUCCAUAUAACAUACUACUGUCUCCGUGAUAAUAUCGUUCGAAACGAGUGUUAUCGAUGUGGUAAGUUGUCGGCUGAUCGAUAACUAGAAUACACAACAAAUUUAGCAUCUGGUUUUGGAAAAGUGGCCCUAAAAUCAUCUUUACUGGUGAACUAGGUACUAUCCAUUUUUUUUUUCAGUUAACAUCGGUUGGAAUCAGUUAGAAUGAAAAACAUGCUUUAAUAAAAUAAUUCGAAUUAAUGCGCGUUUAUUAAAAUAGUUUAAGUUUCAACACGUCGCGUCGUCGAUUAUUGUUGUCCAAGUACAACAAACCUGACGGUGCGUAAUCGAAUUUCGUUCUAAUUCGUAUUUCAAACGACGACGGUACAAUACUUUAAUCUCCCCAUAAUAAAAUAAAAUUAUAAAUAAAAUCAACGAUUAUUAUAUGUUUUUAUUUUUUUUUUUUUUCAUAUAUAAUAUAGAUUAUUACGCGUAUCUAAUGCAAAUAAUAGGUAUUAUAAUAUUUUAAUCUUUGAACUCGGUAAUAGGUCAAUAAUUAUUAUAUAAUGCAUUACCCUGGCGUUCGUUGUGUAAACCCGAAUUAACUGUAUCAAAUUUGCGGCGUGUUUGCCAUGCAUUUUAGACCGCGCGAUAAGAGAAUACUCACGAAUCUUUUUAUCUGUGAAAAAGCCGUGUCGUAUAUAUUAAAAAUUAAACGUCUCGACAAAUUUAUGAAUAUCAAUAAAAUUGACCAAUUGAUCCAAGCGUACCCAAAGUAGUACAAUAUGCAGUAGCGGUUUUUUUUUACCUUGAAUCACCAAUUUAAUUUUCCACCCAUCCGUCCCAACCCGAAAUACUCCCAUCCUACCUUAAAUGUAUUGAAAUUUGUUAAAUUUGAAUAAAAUUCGUUAAAAUUAUCAAAUUUCUGCCGUCUAAAAUUCUCUUAAUAACUUAUUUUGUAAAAACAUAAUCAUAUUUGUUAUAUUUCUGGACACUCAGGCACCCACGAUCCACACAGAUUUUCGUGAAUCACGUGCUUCAAUAAUAUACCUCCUUCGAGCCGCCAUUGACAAUAUUUAUAAUACUCGUUAAUUAUGAUCCGACAGGCUCGCAUAGCAAUCUGCGGGAAAAAUUAUUCGAUUACCGGAAAACAGACUAAACAAAUAUUUUUCGAAUAAUUUUCGUACAACAAUACAAUUUUAGUAAAAUUAUUUUUAUUAUGACUUGCUUAUUAGUUAAUACCACGGCUCGUAACUUACGACAUCGGUAUAUUUGUUUUGAUGGGUCCUACGAGGGAUACGCUAUAGAUAAGCUAUAUGUUAGUUUCAUAUAAACGAAAUUCGAGUUCGGAUUUCUUCGUUGUGUAUACUUCGAAGUUUUAAUGCUUUUUUUUUUAAUAUCUAUUUGUGUGACAUAUUUUAACAUUUACAGUGAAAAUUUAAAACGUAUCGUAAAUGUUUUGUAGAGUUACGAAUUGCGAGUUACAAAUUACCUUCGUUAUUUAAUAGGUAUUUGCCUACUUUUAAAAAUUUGCGCGAUCUGUUUUCUUUCCCCAUUGCUUGUCGAAGUCAUCUAAGUUUUUAUUUUGCUCCAUCCUAUCUACCUGAUUUAAGUGUAAUUUUAAAAAUAUACAUUAUUAUCUUUAUUGGUGAUACAAUAUUAUUAUACAGACCGAUUACUGCAAUAUAAAUGGCAUUGCACAUAAAUAGCGCAGAUGUUUUUUUUUUUCAUUUCUUAAGACUAUGUUUUGGCAGGCGGGAUAUUUUUUCGGUGAUUUAUUUACCUACUACAGCAUGGCUUAUAGCGAGGUGGUUCAAAGUUUUUACACGCAAACCGAACUCGACGCACCCCGCUGUUAUAAUAAUAAUAGAGUAGCCAUAAAUUCUGAAUAUCAAAUACCGUCGUGUAUAAUAUUUUAGUUUACGAAAAUAAAUUAUCGUAUAAAAAUUAAAACAGUACCUACCCGAAAUUGUGUGUAUAAUGUACAUGUAUAUUGUAUGUAUACAAAUGACGUAUACCAUUUUUUGUCUUUAACUACCUGUUUACAAAACUAAUGUCUAAUCUAAUCAGAUAAUCUCGUAACCACCUGUUAAGUGGUAUAAUACCUGUCCGAUUUGGCGGAGAGGGUUGUUGUGUAUAAAAUCGUUACAUCGAAGGAAAGCGUAAGUACCUAUGUCAUGGUAUCGUCACGGUAAUAAAUUAUUGUCGCCGUGGUAUUGUUCGGUAGAAUUUUUUUUACGGAUUUUCGUUGUCGGGCUUCCUGCAAGACCACGUUAAAAUUCUCCGUAUUUUAUUGUUGGUACCGGCGCGAUUGUUAUAAUAUUUUAAUACAUUUUGGCCGUAUUUUUUUGCAGUUGAACAGCCAAAUGAACGUCUUCCAGCGAAAGUUCGUCAGCGAAGUACGACGUUGCGACGAACUGGAACGGAAGUUGCGGUACAUACAAGCCGAGGUGCACAAGGACCACGUGCACGUACCCGUACCCGAGAGCUGCGUGUCCCCGUUAUCUCCGAAUCCCCGGGAAAUCAUCAACCUAGAGGUCAAUAAUUAAUAAAGAUUUAUUUUAGCCGUGUCGAUUUUUAGAGCUAGACGACACAUUAUGAAACAUGCGCGUAUACAUUUUUAUUUUUAUUAUAUUUUUUUAGUCACAAUUAGAACGCACAGAGAGCGAAAUUUUAGAGCUUAGUCACAACGCCGUCAACCUAAAGUCCAAUUAUCUUGAGCUCACCGAACUCAGACACGUUCUUGAAAAGACACAUGCGUUUUUCGAAGAGGUAACUAUAUAAUAUUGAACGUUAUAAUCUAUCAAUAUAAUAUUCUCAUAACUAUUAGGUAAAUUAAUAGAUAUAAUCAACGAUAAUGUAUAUCGUCAUCAUCAUAAUAUUAUUAUUAUACUCGUAUUCACAUUCGUAUUUGUGUUUUCAAUAUAAUAACAAUAAUGUAUCAAUACUAGCUUUUGGUUUCAUGAAGUCGAUUAAUUCUAAUGGAUGAUAUAAAAUAAUAUUGUCUUAGUUUUUAUUGCUUUUGCUCAUUUUAUUUGUAUGCGAUUCCAAUAUGUUAAAAAAGUAUAAGAAUAAUUUUAAAAUUAGUUAUUUAUUAUUUAUAUAAAUUAUUUACUCACUUAAAGAACAAACAAUUUUUUAAAUAAGCACUCACAAAAACAACUUUAUAAAAAAAAUUUAAGUGAUUAUUUUUUUAAAAUUUAGAUAAUAUUAGUAGAUUUUUGAAACAUUGUUAGUAUUAAAAUAAUAUUUUUAUUUUCAUUAUCAGACAUUAAUUUCACUUCUUUUGUAAACCAAAUACCGAUUAAGAAGAUUCAAAUAUACUUGUAAAAAAAAAGUAACACUUAGUAAAAUAAGUACAUUAUUACAGAAUUAUUUUUGUAAAGUGUAUUUUCACAAACAAUAAUACUUAUAAUCAAAGAGAUAUAAUAUAUUAUUCAUACUAUACAUUUAUACAUUUUUAUAGUUGUUACAUUUGUAUUUCGUGAUUGAUUUGUUGAAUAUUCAUUGUGUACUUAUGUUUCAUAUUAUAUGUUAUGUAGUCAAAUUUGGUACACAAACAUUACUAUGUAAGAACUAAUCAAUUUGAAGUACUUAGGCAAGCCACAAUAAACCAUUUUAAGUUUUUGUACUAAUUAUUUGAUAAAUAUAACAACAUAAUAUUUUUAUGUAAAAUUAUUGCCCAAAAUAAUAUUACUUUAAAUAUAUAUUAUAAAAUUACAUGAAAAAAAAAAACUGGAAAUAAUAAAUUACUAAACCUUGUAAACUGUAAUAUCUAAUAGUUGCCUAAUAAUAGUUAUCAUAUUCUUUUAAAAGCAAUGUCAAUAUAUCUUGGAAAUUCACAUUUGUUUAUAAUAUUUGAAUAUAAUAUGGAUUAAAAUAAAUUUCAAACAAAUAAUUAAUUUAAAGGAAUUACAGUUAUAUUUAAAUAUCAUUAUCAUAAUUAGUAUCUAUUGGUUAAUUUUGUUUUCUUAAAAGGAUAAUUUAAAUUCAUAUAGAUUAUAAUUUAGAAUAUUAUGUUCAAAAGGGUUCAUUAACAUAUCUUAUAUGUAAUACAUGUAUAUGUUCUAUAAAGUGUCUAAAAAAAAAAUAAAUAAAAACUAGUUAACAAACAAUUCCUUGUCUGCUUUAAAUUUGUAUAUUAAAAUUUAUAUUUUAAUUAUAUUAUAUUAUAUUAUAUUAAUAUUUUAUAAUUAAUUAAUUACAAUAUUAUUAUUUUAAAUUCCUAGAAAAUAUUAAAUAAUAUAAUAUGUACAUCCUAUUAAUUUCUUCAAUUACAUAUUGUUGCAUAAUAUAUUUUAUUAUAUCAUAAUAUUAAAUUUAUAUACUUUAUCUCAAAUGUUUCUAACUUAAAAUUUUGUUAUGUUUUCUUGUUCAUCCAUUGAGCUUGAUAUGGAUUUCUUAGACGUAAGUAAUUUUGGGUUAUGCUUAGAAUAAUGCAUGUUAUUUAGGUCUUGAAAUAUGUUAAAAGACAUUAGAAAAAAAUAUAUAUAUAUAUAUUUAUAUAGUUUUAUAAACUAAAAAAAAAAAAAUGCUUUUACUUUGCUAUUAAUAAAACCAAUUAAUUUUGAAAAUAUUUUGUGUACCAAAUUUGAAUUGAACACAGUUUAACCCUGGUUUUUUGCUAAAUAUUGCACUUGUGUUAUAUAUUUGUAUUAUAAUUAUGCAUAUCAUUGAUCAUAUUAUAAUAAUACUUUAUUUUACUUAUUUUUUAAUCCAGUGAUAUUAUUGUAGAAUAUAUUACACCGGCUUUAAGUAGUUUAAUUAAUUGCAUUUUAGUGUGUAGAUUUUUUGCAGUAGUGUUUGAUGUAGAAAUAGAUUUUUUUUUUUGAUUUGUCCUUUAGAGUUUCUCUUUUCAACAGCAAGACGGUACCAGCGCAUCAGGCACGGAUUCCCUGACAAAAGCUCUAAUCAGCGAUGAAGCUCUAAAUAGUCAGUCCCAAGUCACUCGGGGCCGUCUCGGGUGAGUAGUUAUUAUUAUUUUUUUUACACACAAAACACAAACGCACUAAUUCUUUGUGAGAUUAAAGUAAGUUUAACAAACUCAUAAAAAAAAAAAAAUACUUUUUACACACAUGAAUGAUGAUGUACGUUGAAGACCAGAAUUGAGUUCGUCAUUGUCACUAUUUUAUGCUAAAGUGACACAUACAAAUUGAAAAUCUUUAAAUGCCAGUAAGUUUUAAUAAACUUAUCAAUUACCACAUCAUAAAAUAUGUUUUUUAAAAAUUCAGUUUUUGUGUUUUGUUUUACCCAGCUAUUGAUGUCGCAUGUUGUGUUAACAGUCAAUAUUAUUAUGAUGUGUUUAUGUUUGUGUGUAUCUAGAUAUUGCUAUUUUUUUUUAUUUUUUUUUUUUUUGUGUCCCAAAUAAAUACAUAGGCCAUAAUCAGGCAUUAAACAUACAUAACUUUUUUUUUCUUAAUUUAUUUUACUCAUAUAUAUUUAGAAAAAUAUAAUUUCAGAUUUAAUGAGAAAAAUUACCUCGUUUUAUUUUAUAUUAUAUAUUUGAUAACUUGAGUUAUUGAUGUUGCAAUAGUUAUUAAAUAAAAUGAAAUAUUAAAUUUAAUAAUUUAAUCCAUUGAAAAUGGAAAUUAAUUGCUUUAAUUAAAUUACAUUUUUGACAAAUUCUUUAGUUUAAUAGUAAUUUUUAGUGAGCUCUUUCAAUCCUUCACAAUAAAUUCCAAACUUUAAUUAUUAGAUUUGAGAGUUCAAUAGACCCCGAUAAAAUAUGAUUUUGUGUACAUGCAUGCCAUAAUAAUAUAGAAACAAAAAUUAUCUAAAAUAUAUGGUGAUCUUUCAUAUUAAAAAAUAACAAAUUUCUUCUUUUUUUUAUAUGAGGGUAUAAUUUACUUAAUGUUUAUAGCAUUUUUUUUAGUUUUUACACAAUCAAUUAAAAGUUUUACAAAUUGUUUUGUUUUUAUAAGAAUAAUUUUGUUAUCAAUGUUAAAAAGUAUUAAACAUGAUUUUUCUAAACAAAGAAUGUCACCAUGUAAUUUAAAUCUUAAUUGAACAAGCCCAAUAUAUGAAAUAUUCAUAGUCAUAAAUAUUAUAUUAUUUUUGAUUAAAUUAAGUUUACCAUUUGCCUUUAUAAUUCUCUUCCAUUUCAAUUGAACAUUAUUGAAUUUAGAGCAUUUAAUUGAUUUCCGGAAGUCUAAGAACCAAUUGUCAGCAGAAUAAUUCUAUGGGAUUUUAUUACAUACCAAUUAUAAAAACCUCCUUAGUUAGCUUACCUAGUUUUUGUGUUACAGUUUUUCAUCCGCAUAAGGCAUUUCAAGAGUUCAUUUGUAUGUUUGAACAAUGAACAAAAUGAUAAUAGCCAUACUAAUAUUUUGAUAUUACUUUCAAAAUGAAUAAGUGCAUAAUAAGUGUAGUGUAUUACACUACAUUAAAUAUGUAAUUUUCUAAAUAAUUUCUGUAAUAUUUGAUUACACAAAAUUAAUAAAAAUACAAAAAAAGUAGGAAGAUUCACAGUAAACAUUAUUUUUUUUUAAUUUUAUAAUUGAAUCUAAGUAAUUUUUUACUAAAAACUAUCAAACAGAAUAGAUAAUAUUUAGUGUGAAUAAAUUGAUGAAAAUCUUAGGAAUAGAACUAAUAAAUAUAAAAUAUUCUAUAAAAAAUUGUUGUAAAUUUUAAUUUUAUUAUUUUGUCAACAUAAUUUAAAUAGAAGUUUAAAUAACUACAAUUUUGAUGGUUUAUUUUAUUAUAGGUUUGUUGCCGGAGUCGUGCCCCGAGAACGAGUACCUGGUUUUGAGCGUAUGUUAUGGCGAAUCAGUCGGGGCAAUGUUUUUCUGCGACGAGCAGAACUUGAAGAAUCACUUGAAGACCCAGCUACGGUAAAAUUAAAACAAAUGUCUAAUUAUGUUAAUUGACCAAUAAAAAAUCUAAAAUUGCCUUAUAUUUAUAUCUGGCGUUUUAAUUUUUGUUUAUUACGUUUACAGCUAUAGUUUACUGAAUAAAUAAAUUGAAAAAAUACCCUAAAGUGCUUCAUUUGUUAUUUCAAUCAUUUAUAAUUUUACUUUCAAUAUAGCUUUUAUAACUUCACAAAUGUAUACAAGGAUACGAUCAGUAAGAAUAAGUUUUAAAGAGUUUUAUUUUACCAUUUUUUUUAUUACUGUCUGUAUUUUUUUGAAACUACAGUUUGUAUAAUUAUUAUUAAUCAAUUAAUUAUAAAAAUAUUUAAUUCAGGGAAAUGAAAUUUUCAAAACUGUGUUUGUUGCGUUCUUCCAAGGGGAACAGCUCAAAUCACGUGUUAAGAAAGUUUGUUCUGGGUUUCAUGCGUCAUUCUAUAAUUGCCCAAGUGCUCAUUCUGAACGACAGGAGAUGUUAAAGGGUGUUAAAACAAGAUUAGAAGAUUUAAAUAUGGUGAGUUUUGAAAAUUUGUAAUUUAUUUAUUUAUGUUAGUAAUAAUGUCUUACUUGUGUACAGGUGCUAAAUCAAACCAGAGACCAUAGGCAAAGAGUUUUAACGUCAGUAGCAAAAGAAUUGCAUAAUUGGGGUGUUAUGGUACGGAAAAUGAAAGCCAUCUAUCAUACCCUUAAUCUUUUCAACAUGGACGUUACCAAAAAGUGUCUCAUUGGUGAAUGCUGGAUACCAAUAAAGGACUUGGCAUUCAUCAGACAGACAUUAGCCGAAGGCAGUGUAAGAUAUUUAAUUAAAUACAUUAUUCAUAAACUUGCCUAUUUAGUUUUCAUUUUCAUUUUUUAGAAAGCCGUAGGCAGCUCAAUACCUUCAUUUUUAAACAUAAUCGAUACUAAUGAAAAUCCACCAACAUUCAAUCGAACUAAUAGGUUCACACAGGGCUUCCAAAACUUGGUGGAUUCAUACAGCGUUUCGGGCUAUCGAGAAGUCAAUCCAGGUAUGUUAAACUUUAAUAUAUCAUUACGUCAUAAUAUGAUUUGUAAUCAUAAUAAUAUAAAUAUAUGUAUAUAUAUAUAUUCUUUUUUUCUCCAGCCUUAUACACUAUUAUCACUUUUCCAUUUCUUUUUGGUGUAAUGUUUGGUGAUGCUGGCCACGGAAUAAUUUUAACAGUGUUUAGUGCAUAUAUGGUUUUAUACGAACAACAACUGUCCAAAACAAAGUCUACAAAUGAAGUAAAUAUGAAAGUUUUCAUGUUUAUUGUAAUUUAUAUUCUCUGUUAAAUUGUAUACAAUUAACUACUCUUAGGUUCCAAGUAACAAAAAAUAUAUUCUUAUAACAAUGAUCUCUUGAUAUUUUAUGUUUACCUGUACAAUAUAAUUUAAAUAGUACUAAAAAUAUUACUGCGUAUUUUUAUUUGCUUUUCAAAUUAUUAAAAAUUGCUAUAAGAUUAUGCUAUAUAAUAUGAGUUUAAAUGUUUAUUAUUUCCAAUAACAGUAAAAAAUUAUUUCAGCUAAACUCCUAUUAAAAUUGGGAAUAUAUCAAAUAUGUAUUAGUUCUUUAGUAUCGCACCAAUUUCAUAAAAUUACUUAUUAAUAUUUAUGAACUAAAAUUUAAGUUGAAUUGUGUUUUAUUUUAUUUUUUAAUUCCAAUUCAUGUGUUCCACAAUUGAUUAUUAUUUUAAAAAAAAAAAAUAUUUAUUUGAACAAAUAACACUUAUAGUACUUUUUUACAUUUUCAUAAACAAUUUCAAUCAUGAAAAUAAAUAUACUAUUAAUAAUAUUUUAAAGGUGAAAGGUUUUAGUUAAUUUUAAUACCUAAACAUUUUGUACUGAAAUUACCUUUACUAUGUAUAAUGAUUGUGUUAAAAAUGAAUCUCUUUUCAAGGGCAGUAAUUUGGACUUAAAAAAAACCCUUUCAACAAAAAUAAUACUUAAUCAUUACUAUUAUGAUCCAGUACACUUUUGGUUCCUCUAAAGUAUUCAUAUUUAAUAAAUACAUUUUUAUGAGUUUGUAUAACACAGAAAUUAUCAUUUAAUAAUAUAUCUAUUGUAUAAAUUAAUGUAUAUAUAUACAUAUACACUAGCUGUCCCUUGCCUGUGCUAAUUUGUAUUCUUCAUUUCUUUAUUCCCGUUUUGUUCUGCCCGUAUCAUUAAAUUGAAUGAAAAAUAGAUAAAGAGUGUUCUAGAGUGUCAUAUAUGUUUUCAUUCUUGAUACCUUACCUUGUUACAUUUAUAUGUCCACAAAGCACAGGGAUUAAACUAUAAUACAUAUAAUGCACUACAUGCAUAGAAGUUGUUAAUAACCCUUUGUCUUAUUAAAAAUCAUUUGCAGUAAAAAAUAUUGGGAUAAAAACUAUCCUAUCUCUCAAGCUGAACCAAACAAUACAAAAUUUUAUAAAAAUCGGUUUAGUGGUUUUUCGAAAAUUACUUACUGUGAAGGAACAUUUUGAUACGAGAUUUUUAUUUCUUAAUAUUAUAAUUUGUCAAUAAAGAAAUUUAAUACUAAACUAAUGAAAUCUUGUUGGACAUCAAAGUUAAUUUUAGGCAAAUUUUAGGAGGUAGUUGCAUAAUUAUUUUUAACUAGUUGUAUGUCUGUCAUACAUCACGGAUUAUAGUGAAUUUUAUAUUUGGUUGCCAUGGUAAAUCAACAAAGUGUUACAGAUGGAUCUUGGCUUUUAUUUAUAAUGAGAAUACCUAAUCAUUGCUGUUAUAUAAGAUUAGCCUAUAUCAUUAUAAUUUUAAGUAGUUUUUUAGUUUUUUUUUUUUUUUAAUAAUAAAUCAUUGUGGGUACACUGUUACAGCAGACCAAAUUAUACAAUUAAAACAGUUUAUCAAAUUUAUCUUCAUCAUUUUUUUUUCCGCUACUAAAUAUAUUUAUUAUAGUUAAUAAUAGUCAAUGUUUACUUAACAUAGAUAUACAUAUAUAAUAUAAAACUUAGAUUGUGUAAAAGCUAAAAAGGAGUUAACUUAAUAUUAUUCUAUUUCUCUGAAGCACUUCAAAUUAUUAUAUUUGUUUAUUAGAUAUGGAACAUAUUUUUUGGUGGUCGUUACAUAAUCUUGCUCAUGGGAUUAUUCUCAAUUUAUACUGGAAUUGUAUACAAUGAUGUGUUUUCAAAGUCCAUAAAUUUGUUUGGCUCCAGUUGGUACAUCAAUGAAAGUAAUAUUACUAUCAUUGAGAGCAAAAGUAUUACAUUAGAUCCUGCUACCAAAGAUUAUUCCCAAAAACCAUAUCCACUAGGACUCGAUCCAGUUUGGCAGGUUACCUAAAUUUUAUAUUAAAUUUAUAUAUACCUAUCAUAUAAUAAAACACAUGGGUAUUACAACAAUGUUUGUAUUCUUUGUAGGUCGCUGUCAAUAAAAUAAUAUUUCUCAACUCAUACAAAAUGAAAUUAUCAAUCAUUUUUGGAGUCCUUCAUAUGAUGUUCGGUGUUGUACUCAGCGUUGUUAAUCACGUGUAUGUAAAUUACAAGCAAUCAAUAAUAAUUAAUAAUAAUAAAUAUUCCUUAAAAUGUAAUUAUUAAAUGUUUAAAUGUAUAGGCAUUUUCACAAAAAGAUCAACAUACUACUACAGUUUGUACCACAAAUGUUAUUUUUGGUUUUAUUGUUUUUGUAUAUGGUUUCGUUAAUGUUCAUGAAAUGGAUUUGGUAUGGUCCAACAAAUUGUAUGUAUAUUUUUGUAUAAUAAUAUUUUCUUAUCGACCAUAAUAAAUAUUAAUAUAAAAAUUUAAAUUCUCAAUUAGCCCUAAAAACCAGUCCAAGAUGUGCACCAUCCGUGCUGAUUAUAUUUAUUAAUAUGAUGCUUUUUAAACACACAAAACCGUUCGAUGGCUGUGAUGAAUAUAUGUUUGAAGGACAAGUAAGACAAUACUAUUACAAUGGUGUAAACUCUAAAUAAAAAUGUGUAUUUAUUUAUAUGUAAUUUUAUCUAAUACACUUAUUUUAUUAAUGUAGGACCGUUUACAAAAAAUAUUUGUUGUUAUCGCCAUGAUGUGCAUACCAGUGAUGUUAUUAGGAAAACCAUUGUACAUCAUUUUAUAUGAACGGCGCCAUAAAAAACAUCAGGUUACAAUUGAAUUUUCUUGAGUUUAUUAUUAUAUGUCUUAUUGUGUAGCAAAUUAUAAUAUAUACAAACAUACAACGUUUAUUAGUCGGAUAGUUGCGGAGAGUUAAAUGGGAGUAUCGAAUUGAAAGAAACUGAACUAAGUGGCAUGCUUAAUGAAUCAGCUCAUCAUGAAGAAGAAGAACCAGCUUCAGAACUAUUCAUACACCAGUCCAUUGAGACAAUUGAAUAUGUGCUGAGCACUGUUUCACAUACAGCUUCAUACCUCAGGCUUUGGGCCUUAUCUCUUGCACAUGCUCGUGAGUAUAUAAAAGAUUAACUUUAAAAAAUAAAACAAAGUUGCGUUUUAAAAACUACAUUUUAGAUUCUGAACGCAACGAGAAGUAUAUUAAUUUUACUAUAAUGUGUUUUUUUUCUAUUGAACCACUUCUACCAGAAAUCUUGAUCUAAUCUUUUCUAAAAAAAUUGUCUAGUUGGGAAAAUUAAAAUUUUACUUUAAUUAACAAGUUUAUAAUGUUUUGUUUUAAUCGAAAACAACAAUUUGGUAUUUUUAUAUCAAUAUUCUUAUAAAAUUAUAUGUAUAAUACAUACAAUUUUUAGAAUAUUUAAAAUCGCCUCCAUCAAAAUCAAAUCCUACAGUUUUGUUCAACUUUUCGGUCUAAAUACCACAUAUUUUCAGCUACUACAAUUCCCUUAUGAAAAUAUCUGUUAUUGAAAAAAUAAGUAUUGUUAAAUAUCAAGGAAAUUAAAUGUUAAAACAGAUAUAAUUCUAUAUUUGAUGCUUAAAAAAAAAAAUGUCAGUAAUAGGAUCCAAAUCUGAGUCCAUCCACUUUCAUCGAACAUGCGUUAGACUAUUCUUGGCAUAUUGAACCUAUUGAUUAGUAUUAAAUCAAAAUUUUUAAUUAAUCAUAUAAUUGUAAAUUUAAAUUAACAUCGCUCAGAAUCCCAAUGAAUUUACCAACAAUUUAUUGUUUUGUACAUAUAUAAAAUAAAUAACUAUGUAUCCCCUAUUUUUCCAACAUGCCUCUUUUUGGUUUUAUUUUUUUUGUAACAUAAAUAAGUAUCUUGUACUUUGAAACAACUGGAGGAAUAUUUUACGUAGGUUAUUUUCCUUAUUCAAUUUUAUUAAUAUUAUUACAGAACUGUCCGAAGUGUUGUGGAACAUGGUUUUGAGAAUGGGAUUGACCAGUGACACGCAUUGGGGUGCUAUCAAAUUGUACAUCAUGUUCGCCCUGUGGUCAAUGUUCACAUUAGCAAUAUUAGUCAUGAUGGAAGGCCUAUCAGCAUUCCUACACACACUCCGAUUGCACUGGUGCGUGUUUUUAUUUUCUAAAUUUAUUUAGAUAACAUUUUUACAUUAUAGCAUAAUAAUAUGCUUGCACUUUAUGUGCACUCCUCAAAAUGUAUUGUACCCACUACUCUCCGCGUAUAUGAAUAUUUAAUAUUUAUACCUAAUAAUUGUUUAUUUUAAAAUGUUCAGAUAAUAAUUAUUAAGUAUCUACCUAUUACUUACGUAGGUAGGUGAUUAUUGCAUUAAAUUAAAAUGUGCCUUUUCCCUCGCAAUGACCACAUAUAAAUUAUAGUGUAAUUAUUAUCACGGUUUGUUCUAAAGUUAGUACCUACUCGAAUCUGUUAUAUCAAACAUUUUAUUAGAAUUAACAUAUUUUCAGAACAUUAAUCAUGUCUACAUAAUAAUAUUAUGUGACAGAUAACCAAUUAAAUUUGUUAAACAACAUCUACUUACCGCAUUUUAAAAUAUACCAGCGGUUUCCGAACUGUACACUGCGAUACUCUCAGGGUCACCAUGACUCAUAAAAAUUAAUCAUAAUUUGUUGUAAUUUCUUUUUUAAAUUUUUGUUAAUUUCAAAUUGAAUCUUAUAAAAAAAAAUGUGCUAAGUCGGCUUGUAUGUUUAGAAUGCCUAUAUUUUAUUAUAUUUAGUAAAAUUAUAAAAGCUGAUUAUCAUUGACAAUCAGUAUUGAUUUUUUAUAUAUUUUCCUCGCGGUACUCACAGAAGGGCACUUUAGUUGAAUUAAGUCCAUAAAAGGACACCGCCUGAAAAAAAAGUUUGGAAACCGCUGAAAUAUACUAACACAAAUCAAUAUCAUGUUUUAUAUUUAAUAUUUUCAAUUAUUAAUGAAAUUCAUCUAGGAACAAGAAUUAUAAUUUCUUGUUUGCUCGGCAAUUACUAUUAUCACUAUUUACUGAGUGAAUAUAUAUUUUAAAAUAUUUCCAAUACAUUUUUUAAAAUAUAAAAAAAAAAUAUUAAUUUUAAUGAUCAUAAAAUGUUAUCCGAAAUUUACUCGAGAUGGUAUUUUAACCAAAAUUAAAUAUUUUUCAUAACAUUUUUUGUUUAAAUCUAGGUAUGUUUUUAAUUUGAUAAUUUGAAAGUCUAAUGAAAAAUAACAUCUAACAGUUCUAAACCUUAUAUCAUAAUUCAUUCAUUAUCGUGAAAUUUAGUGUAACGAAAAUAUAAUCAAGUAAUUAAUUGUAAAUAGUUAAUUUUCAAAUCAAUAUAACUUAGAAAUGUUUAAGUUAAUAUUUGUUUUGAAAUUAUAAUUUUAAAUUAUUAUUGAUACAGUUGGCUUCACAGCUAUUUAGUGACUACAACCAAAACUACACCAUUGAAAUGUAUAUCAAAAAAUGAUAACUUUCAAACACUCAUAACUUUUGAUUUAUUUGCGGCCUUUUCUAAUUUUGGAUUAUCUUGAUUUUCAUUGUCUACAAAAUGGAAGACAUUUUCUAAAACGUUGUCUUGUGUGUGAUGAAACUCAAUUUAAUCAUUAUUUUACUUUUGUUUAGGGUGGAAUUCAUGAGCAAGUUCUACGUUGGCAACGGACAUGCAUUCCAACCAUUUUGGUUCAAACAUGUGCUCGAAAAUGAAGAGGCUGUCGAGGACUGAAAUUAGACUUUUACACUUUCUUGUUUUACCCUAAUCUUUAAAUUAUUAUUAUUAUUAUUUUUUUUUUUUUUAAAUAUAAUAUAUAUAUAUAUAUAUAUAUAUAUAUAUAUAUACCAGUUAGCUUUUUAAGUGUAUAAUAUAAUUUUUAACUUUUUCGAUUCGUUAUUGUUAUAUAUAAUAUGUUUAUCAUUGUUAAUUAUUAUUGUUUGAUCGAGUUUAUUAAGUUGGGCCUUCUACCUUUGUAUACAGAUAUUUUAUUUUUUUUCGCACUGCCACUAACUUGUUGAAAAAUGCCUUUAUAGCUUGUGUACUUCUGGUCAUUAUUUUAAAACGAUUUUAACAUUUCUAAUUGCGCAUAUCAUAUAACCAUAAUAAUACAAUUUUGAUGUUGUGAUAUCAAAAUAGCUAUAUGAAAUAUAAUUUUAAAGGUUACUCUUCGUAUCAGCAUACUAAAAAAAAAAAAAUUAAACAGAAGGACAGUAAAUAUUGAUUCACUGAGGUUAAUUUUCUGUUUAUUUACUUGUACAGGGUUAUGACAAAAUUAGAUGGUAACAACGUGAUAGCUACUCUUGAUAAUUUACCUUUUAUUACUUUUUUUAUUGUAUCAAACCAACGCAUCAAUUUUGUGUUUUAAAGUAAAAGUUUAUUCAUUAUUUUGUUCAAUUCAUCUGUAUUAAUAAUUCCGUUACUUAAUUAUUUAUUUUAAUAUUAAAUAAUGCAUUUGUAAACAAUUUUAAAUCAACUGGACAAUCAUAAUCGAGUUUAUUAUAAUAUAUAUAUAUAUAUAUAUACAUAUUCCCAAACCUUUGAUAUUGUAAAGAUUACAUUUUUCAAUAUAAUAUUCAGUGCCUUAAUUUAUUGCUUCAAAUAUUAAAAUAUUUUUUGUAUACAUGGUGAUUCACUAAAUAUGCCCAAUACUUUAGUGAUGGGAUAGCCAAUAUAAAUGUCAAGAUUGCAUUCUUAUUAUCACAUCACUAAUCAGUAAUUACUGUUAUUACAUAGUGAGUAUAUUCAGUGAACCACGUUGUAUAUAAUAUUAUGACAUGUGCGUCAGUCUUUUUUUUUUUUAUUAUUAUUGAUUCAUUACAUUCUAUUAGUUUUCUAAAUUAAUGUUAAGAUAAAUUUUGACAAUUACUUUAUAGGUAAUUACAAAAUAAUAAUAAUAAAAAAAAAAAAAAAAAUUUAAAAAAAAUUUAAUAAUAUUUAAAUUUCAGAUUUUACUUAACUAAAAUAAUGUUUAUUUAUUUUUGACAAUCGAAUUAAUAGGAUGUACUGUUAGGUGCUUUUAUAUUGUCUAUAAUAUAUAUACAUAUAUAUAAAUACAUAAUUAUUUACACCGGAGUUAAUUAGUUUUAUAGCUAAAUAAAUUAUAUUUGUGUCUGACAAUCCACUUUUAAAACUUUGAACAUAAUCAUGCAUUUUUAAUAUAUGUCAUACAUAUAUUUAUAUACAUUUAUCUUCUUUUAAAACAAUUUUUAUAUCUUAUACAUAUGAAGCAAUACAUUUUUUAAAAUAAAUUUAUAUGUACAGGAAUAUUAUAAAAUAUAUAUAUAUAUAUAUUUAUAUUUUACGCCAAUCGCAAUGGUGGACUACCUAAAUUUAAAUUUAAAAAAAAAUUAACACCUACUGAUUAAGUGUUGCUUAUGCAAACGACUCUAUAAAAGCUAAUCAUAGUACUCCUACAACGUUUAAAAUAUAAUUUUACUUCAAUUUUCAAACUAAUAGAUAUAAAAUAGUUAGAUUUCUAUAAUUGCAAAUCACAUUGAAAUAAAUAUUUAUUUUGUAUUUUUGUAUACAUGAUUUUGGUUUUUGUUUUGUUUUUUUUUUUUUUUUUAACUGUGAUAAACACUUAUUCAAUAGAUUGGUGCCAUCUUGAAUUAAAUGCCAUACUCUGUUAUAGUCCACCGUUAUUGAUUGUUUGUGUAGCAAUAACUUAUUAAUAAUAAUAAUAAAUUCUAAACUAGAUUUUAUCUUGUUUUUUUUUUUAUAUAUAUAUAUAUAUAUUAUACAAAAUAUGUUAUAUGUAUAUUAUGGAUUAAAAUUAUUAUAUUUUAUUUUAUAAUACAUGUAUGUAUGUAGUUAGGUAGGAUGAUCUUAUAACAUAAUAUUAUAAUGGAGUUAUUAUUUUUAAUAUAGUUACAGACAAUUCUCGUCGUUCAUAAUGCUCAAUAAUCAGAAUUUAAUUUUAGAUAAAUCGAAUUUAGAUAUUAUAACAUAAAAAAAAAAAAAAAAUUAGAUUAGUUUUAUUAAUUAUUUUAAUCUAAUUUAUAAGGAAAUAUUUUUUGUAAGACUUCUGUUUUUAGAUUACCGAGUAAAAUGCGAUAAGUAUAAUUCAUUUUAUGUAUACACAAUCAGAAUUUAAAAAAAAAUAUAUUAUCAACCCAACAAUUUACUCGGUGUUGCCAUUAUGAUGAUUACAGAAUGUCUAAUAAUUAUUAUGUAUUUUUAAAUGUGACGUACGAAACAAAAACAUUUUAUUUUAUUAAUCUUUUAAGUGUAACGUUAUUAUAAUUAUUAUUAUCAUAUGUAUACCGUAUCAUAGUUAAAAUUUAUUAACAUAAUGUAUUUAUUUUGUCCACUUCCCACCAACCCAAAAUCAUUUAAAUUAUUACAAUGGUAGAUAUUUUUUUUCGCACCAACAGUGUUGUAUAGUUUAAUAAUGUUUAUUGUAUUUAUUAUUAAUUAUUAUUAGUAUUAUUUGAUUUGUUUUUAAGAUUCUUUAUUAGUGGGACCAAAACAAUACGAUAUAUGCUUAGAAACCGUUUGUUAUCCUACUUAGAUUUUUUUGUACCAUAUACAAUUAUACAUUUAGUACGUAUUUUUGUCAUGUAAUAAUUAAAAUCACCUAAUAUUUUCAAUGCUGUUAUAAAAUAUUACGAGUUAAAAAAAAACUUAUAGGUACAUUGUUUUAGCGUAAUAUUUUGAUUCAUUUUUUAUUAUUCUUAUUAUUAUUAUGUUUUUUGUUUUUUUGUUUUGUUUAUUGUACAUAAACGUCCGUAAAAUAUAUUAUUUAUAUUUAAAACUUCGUUAUGAGAAAAAACCAAUGCAGACUGAAAUAUUAAGUAUUCUAAUGUACAAUGCAUUCAUGUUAUUAAGAAUACUAAUUUGAUUUCAUAACUGCUCUAUAAUGAUGAAAAAUCGAAUAAAUAUAUUUCAAGUUGUUACAAAUAAAAAAAAC